GGUCAGUGAGAGGGCGUGGACUCUGUCGUCCUGGAAACUCCGGGCAGCUGAUCGCGCGGCGCGUUGCGAGCUGGGGUUUGUAUGGGCGCCACGUCACUGCUGCUGACGUCACGGCCAAAGGAGGGGAUUGAGCGAGAAACAUGGCGGCCUCUAUACGGGAGAAGCAGACCGGUGAGUACCGAGCAGUCACAGGGAGCCCGGGAACCGGACACACGGAAACCUCACUGAGGGCCAUGGGAAGGCACCGGAGGGGGCAGGUCACCGGGUACCCCAGUCACGGAGCCCAGGGAAGGAGUUCAGUGGGGUGACAGGUGUUUAGGAUGAGGGGUCCUGGGGGCAGGAGAGGAAUGCCGGGGGGAGAAUUUACCUGGAGCAGGGGCAGCUCUGCGUAAUGUGAGGGAGAGCUCUGCAUAAUGUGAGGGACUGCUCUGCGUAAUUUGAGGUAGGGCUCUGCGUAAUGUGAGGGACGGCUCUGCGUAAUGUGAGGGAGCGCUCUACGUAAUGUGAGGGAGGGCUCUGCGUAAUGUGAGGGAGGGCUCUGCGUAAUGUGAGGGAGGGCGCUGCGUAAUGUGAGGGAGGGUGCUGCGUAAUGUGAGGGAGGGUGCUGCAUAAUGUGAGGGACGAGGCUGCAUAAUGUGAGGGAGAGCGCUGGAUAAUGUGAGGGACGGCUCUGCAUAAUGUGAGUGAGAGCGCUGGAUAAAGUGAGGGAUGGCUCUGCAUAAAGUGAGGGAGAGCUCGGGAUAACGCGAGGGGCGGUUCUGGGUAACGCGAGGGGCAGCGCUGUGUAAUGGUUGUUCCCCUUAGUCUCAGGCACCCUCCCUCCAAAAAUCGCUCUCCUGGCUGGUUGCAAAGUUGUUCAAAACCCUGGACCAAGUUGACUGGGGACCCAAGAAGUCCUCAUGCCGAAAUUUGUUCCAUAGCGGUCGUGGCUAAGUACCAUUGAGGACCAUUCAUGAGUCUGGGUCAUGCGAUUGGCCGCCUGGGAGUUAGCGUUUGGUUCCAUUCGAAUGAAGGGAAAGUGCCGAACCAGGGGCACCCAGGGAAAGCUGUUAAUGGCGGCUGGACAGGGUAACUCCCAAACGGUAAUGGACUAUAGUCGAUAGGCAUGAGGCCAGCUUUUACACUCCUCCAGGAGUUUGUGACAAAUGUUCGUGGGAUGAACGUUUGUCACUGCAUCUAUUGCAUUUAGGGGGGAAAUCAAGUGACAGAGCCACCAAACACUUUGUGCCAAAAUUGAAUUGUUUAACCAGUGCGGUUCUAUACUCCACAAUACUUUACAACAGGUUAACAAUACAUAAUGUGAGGGAUAGCGUAGGAUAAUGUGAGGGGCAGCGCUGGAUAACGUGAUGAGCAGGAUAACGUGAGGGGCAGCGCUGGGUAAUAUGAGGAGCAGGACAACGUGAGGGGCAUGCAGGAUUGGGGGCUUAAAUGUGAACUCAGGAGUUAAAUGACAGGAGAAGGUAGAGAUUGGGGACAGAAAGUGAUAGUAGAGGGACUGGAGGAUGUGAAGGUGAUGGUAGAGAAGGCAGUGUUGGGAAUAGGAGAGUGAUGGCAGAGAAGGGAGUGUUGGGAAUAGGAGAGUGAUGGGAAUAGGAAAGUGAUGGCAGAGGAGGAAGUGAUGGGGACUCAGACUUGACAUUAGAAGAGGGAGUAUUAGGGAAGGGAUGUGACAUUAGAAAAGGCGGAGGUUAGGAGUGUGAAAUAAGGAGGGAAAGCUGGGAGACUGGAGACAGUAGACGACCUAGAGACAGAAUGGUAAGAAUUAGUGGAUAGGAAAACUGGAAUGGGAAAAGUGACAAUAUAGGAGAGAGUUGUUGGUAGACUGGAAAGUAGCUGUAAAGAAUAGAGAGUGAGAUGGCAACUCCUGAUUGAAGCUGCAAGACAGGGCAAUGGUGGUCAAUGAGAUAAAAACUUGUGUGACAGGCAAGUGGUGGUCAAGGAUGAAGAAAUGCGAAUAAGGAAAGUGGCUUUUGAGAAGGGAGAAUGCCAGUGAAAUCAUUCAACUGUAGCAUUAAAGAUGUUGCUGAAAUAAUUAUUCAAGCUGCUUAUAUUGGUUGGUUAACGUAACGUAAUUAACCUUUUUUGUUUCAUAAUGGUCAGUGCAGUUGAUCGCUUGUAAUGAAUGCAGGGAUACAUGCCUCCUGUGUUAAUAUUGGAAUGUAACAUAAUAUUUGUCAUGCAAUAUUCAACAUUUAAUAAUAACAGUAAUUAUAUAACUUAUUAUAAAGUAAAUUAUAUAUUAUUAGGAGUUAUUGUAGUUCUUACCUUCUGUCUUUUGCUCGAGUGCAGCCAUUCAUAGAGUUCCGUGAGUGUCACACUGUUUUUUAAAAUUGGAUUUCAGGUCACUAAGCUAAUCAUGUAUACAUAAUUUUGGUCCCUGUAACAAAAGAUUAAGAACCACAAAAAGGUGGCUAGAACUGCAGCAUAAAUAAAGGGAUCUAACUCCACAAUGGCAGACAAUUGAGCAGUAAGAUUACAGGGGCAUGAUCUAUACACCAAAACCGCUUCAUUAAGCUACAGUUGUUUUGGUGCUUUGAGUAGUCCGUUAAACAUAUUCAUUAUCUUUUUCUUUCUUUUCUGGUAUCAUCCCAUCUGUCCUGAAUCCAUUGUACAAGCGUGCUCUAUGCCAGCACUAGCCAAUUUUUGGCACUCCAGAUAUUGUGGAUUAUAUUUCCCGUGAUUCUUUGCCAGCAUUAUGGGAGAUGUAGUCCACAAUAUCUGGAGUGUCGAAUGUUGCCUACCCCUGCUCUAUGCUAUGAGCACUUGGAACAGGCAGAGAGUACAGUAGCAUUGCUUUUGUGCAUGGCACACCCUCAAUGGGGCCAACAAAUGUGAUUAAAGACAACCCAACUUGCCUAUUUGGGCACUCACAGUCACAUGGUUUGCUGCAGUGGCCCCGUCCCCUUUUUUUGGCCAUUCUAAAGCAGCCCUCUCUCAAUUUACCUCUUUCCUUUCAGUUCACUUCCAAGCUUCUUGAUCAUAUUGUUUAUACCAGACUAACAUUCUCAACUCUGUCUCUUUGCUUAACCAGUUGUCUAGAUUACAAUUUUACCAUUAACUGAACCAAAUUCAAACUAACCAUUAAUGCAUUCUCUGCUAUAUUCCAAGUUCACUACCCUAGUCAUUCCCCCUUGACCUUUCUUCUGCUUUCGAGAUUGGUGACAUUCCCCUUUGCUCUACAGAGGCUCUAUCACUGAUCUUUAUUUGUUCUCUUUUUUUACCACUUUCAGCAAGAUUUGAUUCUAAGUUACAUGCUGUUUUUAAUUUGCGCUGCUUCUUUUAGUAAUCUGAAAUUUUGUUUUGGAUUGACACCAGUAUGCUGAUGAUAUUCAAAUCUUUGUUUUCCUGACUGUACUUCAGUUUCUGGAUCAAGUCUCCAGUUGUCUUAAAAUCAAGCUCUCCAAUGCAAAACAUUUCCCUUUUUGUCAGUAGCCAUAUAAGCUUGCUGCAUCACUUUUAAAAUAAUUUUAAUAUGUUAAAUAUAUUUAGUAUUUAAUACAUCUCAUCAAUCUCCUAGUCCUGCUACUUUCUUCUUAAAAAUAUAGCUCCCAUUUGCUGCUAUGUAUUUCAAGAGGCAACCAACGUAAUUGUUCAUGCAUUCUUAUUCUGUCUGAACUCACUCUUCCUUGCAGUGUGGGUUCACGGAUUAACUUCUAGCAAUCCUCUUAAAAAUGCUGGAGACAGGCUAAUCUUCCUGACUUUUUGCCUCUCUGUGUGUUUUGCUUUUGCACUAGCAUCCUGUAUCUUCCAGAAUUAAACUUUGCAUCUGUGUUUUUACCUGCAAACCCCUCCAUUCCUGUAUCCCAUUAUACAUAUCCUCAAAAAUGCAUCCAGUGUCUGUUUUUAGGCUGCUAAAACCGGUUCUUCUGCUUUAUCCCAACUUCUGCUUACAGGGCUAUUGUCACCUCUUGUUCCUGUUUAAAUAAGUUAUUUGUCGCUUUUUCUUGUAUGUAUUGUUUACCUGUUGUACAGUAUUGUGGAAUAUAGAACCACACUGGUUCAACAAUUCAAUUUUGGCACAAAGUAUUUUGUGGCUCUGUCGCUUUUGAUUCCCCCCUCCCCCCCCAAUGCAAUAGAUGCAGUGAAAAACGCUCCAUCCCACAAACAUUUUCCACAAACUCCUGGAGGAGUGUAAAAGCUGGCCUCAUGCCCAUCCUCCAUUACCGUUUGGGAGUUACCCUACCCAGCCGCCAUUAGCAGCUUUCCCUGGGUGCCCCUGGUUCGGCACUUUCCCUUCAUUCGAAUGGAAUGGAACGUUAGCUCACUGGCGGCCGAUCGCAUGAACCAGACUCAUGAAUGGUCCUCAGCGGUACUUAGCCGCGACCGCUAUGGAACUUAUUUCGUCAUGUGGAUUUCUUGGGUCCCCAGUCAACUUGGUCCGGGGUUUUGAACCACUUUGCAACCAGCCAGGAGAGCGCUUUUUGGAAGGAGGAUGCCUGAGACUAAAGGGAACAAACUUUACAUGAGAGCUAGGCGGAGCACCCCGUAUUGCGGCCGCAGUAGUUUCCGAAAGUUGACCAGCAAAAGCACCAAAUGCCCUGGAGCUAUUUUGGGCUUGGGACAAUGUGUGCUGGUCAAAAAUUUUACUUUAGCGUUUCCCCUACACUGCACAGAUCUGAAUGCUAAUUGGACAGCUUUGGCACUCAGAUCAGGGCUAUUUAGGGAUUUAUAAUAUGCAUUGUAUGUUUUUAUUAUGUUUUGGGGGUACAUUUAUGUUUUGUGUUGGACUUUCUGUACAUGGGAGCUAAUUAGCUUACCUAACUCCAUUAUCUCGCAGAGAUUCUGCGGAGGGGCUGGUGUUGAAUACAAUGGAGACCCCAAGCUGGGGUCUGUGCACUAAAGGCCGAGUUUGGCUCAUUAAAACCAGUUGUACUCCCAGAGCUAUAUGUCGUCUAGUACAGGCAUAGGCAACCUUCGGCACUCCAGAUGUUUUGGACUACAUCUCGCAAGAUGCUUUGCCAGCAUUAUGGGUGUAAGAGCGUUAUGACUGAUGUAGUCCACAACAUCUGGAGUGACGAAGGUUGCCUAUCCCUGCUCUAGUAAAUGGGAAGGGAAAGGGCAAAUCACUGCUCAGCACCUUGUUUCAGCUCAUGGAGGAUUCAGCGGGGAAAGUACUUGUAAGGACUAUAGCUCUCAGGAUUGUGUGUCGUCCAGUCACUGGGAGGAAAUAAAGCUAGUCCCCUAUCCUGUUCCAGGAGGCAGAGGCUCCAGGAGGGAGGACCCCAGUCAAGCCACGGCAAAUGCGGAAGAAGCACUGAGGUUUUCCCUGGUUUCAGUUAGGAAGCGGUCCUUGGCGGAGGUACCCAGCCAGGGUAUAAGGAGCUCCGCUACAGAUUUGUUUUGCAUUGGGUGUAUGAUUGUGGAUGAACGUUUUUUUGGGAUCAUGACUAAUUGUACUGGAGGGAAGCAGUAUUUCAGUAGGAUUGGAGGGUGAGUUUAGUGAAACGCCCAUUGGUAGUAGAACCUAGUGUUGCUGGCUUUGCUGGAAAGUUGAUGAGCAAUAAUUAAGAUCUACUUAAAGGGACCCUCUAGAUCCCUAAAGCACUUCAGCUUGCUGAAAUUCGUUAUGUGUAAAGAGUGUCUUCUUUUUUUUAUUUUACAAAAAGAUUUCUAUAGAAAUUGGCACUUUAAUAAAUUAACCUUGUUACACCCCCUGGCUGUCAAUCAGACAACUGGUCCUAUGACUUCCUGGUUUGGUUAGCUAAACUCGAAGCAGCAAUUGCCAAGAGCACCUGCCUUGCAAAAAAUUCUCAUUAUGCUGUAUUAGGAAGCCUUUGGUUGGACAGACACAGAAGUUCUGGGCGGGCUAGAACAGAGGGCUUGCAAAGGUAGCAAACAAGAGAUUGUCACUAAUGAUACAGAGAUGUGUAUCUUUUAAACACCCACACAUUUAUUAACCCUUAGUAGGGAACACGUGGGCUGGGCAGCUGCACCGUAACAUGGCUUUGUAUUUCAAAAGACAAACACACAAAAUUAAGUGCUCAAACUCCCACUACCCCUGGGUGGCAACAACAUUGGAGUACAGUGUGCAUCCGCUUAAAUACAUAGAACAAAAGCAAAAAAGUUACUGUGCACUAUCCCAAAUCCCUACUCACAUUUAAAGUACAUGAGGUUUUUAGUACCACGCCAAUAGCUGUCAAACGCUUCUUUCUUUCUUUUCUUUCUUUCUUUCUGAUUAUAAAGGGUGGUUUGUUGUGAUCUUGAGGGUAAGACUCUCUAUUGUGUUGGUUUACUUUUGUCAGAUAAUCAAAAUUUUCACUGCAGCGGAAUGUGCGGGUGGCAUGUCAAUUAUUAUAUUUAUAACACUGUUCAUUGUUGUGCAUGUUUUUGCAGCUGCUUUAAAGCGUAUGCUGAAUUUCAAUGUUCCUGUUGUAAAGAGUACCACGGGAGAACCAGUAUGGAAGGUAAAAUCUACCAGCUAAGCCUAAGACUGUAUCUAACACCUGUCUUUGCCAUAUUGCUAUACCCUGAUUUAGCAGAGGAUACAAUAAGCAGACGUUAGAAUCUGCACACACACACAUGCAUAAGUACAAAUGACUCAUGCACAUUUACAUAAAUUCAUAUAUUGCAGACACACAUUGACACACACUUGCAGUUGCAUGUCUUCAUUUCUUUGUGAUAAUAGAAAGUGGGAGUGGAGGUCCGUAGACUUAGUGCGUUCCCUGGUGUGCACCUCUCUUGGGUGCUGUAUUGAGGAGCCAAAAAUAAGUGAUGUCAUAUCCCUUUCUACUGAUCAAUAUAAAAGUCCGUAUGCUGCUCAGAACUUAGAGGGAGUCUCAGCUAAUGCAUCACACACAGACUGCCUGCUCACUUGCAGUCUAUGGGGGUAAAAAAAUUAAAUCUGUUUAGUUUUGAAAAACGGCGCCUGAGAGGGGAUAUGAUAACUUUAUACAAAUAUAUUCGGGGCCAGUACAAACCUUUAUCUGGAAAUCUAUUCAUAAACAGGGCUAUACAUAGGACACAACGUCAUACAUUUAGGCUGGAAGAAAGGAGAUUUCAUCUAAGGCAAAGAAAAGGUUUUUUUACAGUAAGAACAAUAAGGAUAUGGAAUUCUCUGCCUGAAGAGGUGGUUUUGUCAGAAUCCAUACAGAUGUUUAAACUGAAAUUGGAUAAAUACUUACAAAAACAUAACAUACAGGGAUAUAAUUUCUAAUUAGUGGGGUAAUAGCUGCUUGAUCCAAGGAGACAUCUGACUGCUAUUUUGGGGUCAAGAAGGAAUUUUUCCUAGUUUGUGGCAAAAUUGGAAGCGCUUCAGACCAGGUUUUUUGCCUUCUUUUGGAUCAACAGCAACAACAUUUGUGAGGAAGGCUGAACUUGAUGGACGCAAGUCUCUUUUCAGCUAUGUAACUAUGUAAUCUGGGGUGACCGUUUGAUCUCCCUGGUUUGUCCAGGAUACCGUUAAUUGGUGCCCGAUUCUAUUUGGCUAUUGGAUUAGCAACCUGGCACUCAGAUGUUUGUAUUUUUUUUAGAUAUUUCGAUAAAGCUGGGUUUAUAUAUUUUAACAAUCUUCAAGUGUCCUACAGUCUUGGGCUAAUAUUAGUAAUUGUUUGUUUUACACGUACAUUUGCACCACUGGAUUAGAAUAGCUGAUUUUCUGAGGUUUUAUAACUGAAGGUGAUGGACAAACCCUGUACCUGCAGCAUAUCUUCCCUGGCGCACAGCUUCAGAGCCAAACCCUAACACUGCUCCAUAUUCCUCUAAACUGUCUGCAGUAACUUAAAGGGAAACUAUAUUGCCAGGAAAACAAAGUUUCUCUCUAUAACUCCCCUCUCUUUUCUGACACUUACUGGAUUCCAGACUCGGUCUUUGCUCCUCCCUCACCAGCGUUGGCAGGCGGGGGGACUUAAUGCGCAUGCACAGCUAUCGCCAUGCUCGUAUUAGGACUUCCCCAUAGGAAAGCAUUGUAUAAUGUGUUCCUAUGGGGUUUUGGGGGAUGCUGGUUAUCUGGUAGACAGCCACUAGAGGUGCAGUUAACCCUGGUAGGUAAUUAUUGCAGUUUAUUUAAAAACUGCAAUAAUUACCAUUGCAGUGUUAAGGGACCAGGAACACUGCACCCAGACCACUUCAAUGAGCUGAAUUGGUCUGGAUGCCUCUAGUGUCCCUUUAAAGUGAACUAGUGUGUUAAAGAGAACUUCAUGAAGAUUGCCCUUCCACAUGUGCGGAUACCCACUGGUUUCAAAAAUGUUGGGAGCUAAAUUGCCUUCUUUUAUGUAUGAUUUUUAAAAAAAAAUUUUGGUUGGUUAGUUUAAGUAUAUACCAUAGCAGACCAUAAAUAUGUAGCUCUUUUUGGUUUUCCAUUUACCAAAUGCUUUGAUUUUAUAACCUGUUUUUUUCAGUUAUGAAUUCAUCUUGUCUUUCAGGUCCUAAUAUACGAUCGUUUUGGCCAGGAUAUAAUUUCUCCUCUUCUUUCUGUGAAGGAGCUCCGAGACAUGGGAGUCACUUUACACUUGUGAGUUGUAGAUGUAAAGCUUUUUGAUCCAUAUAUCUGUGGUCUCUGAUGUUACGUGUACCUCUUCCCUGUAAUUCUGUGUUAUGCACACUGCGUAUCCUUUCGCAGUCUCAAACUCUGGGCAUCAUUAGCGGUUACCAGAAAAUUGCAAGUUCUGCCAGCCUGUAGUAGUUAUGGUGCUUGGAGUGUUCCUUUAAUUCCAUUUAACUUAGUUUGGCAUUUAGUAGCUGUUUUCUCUUGUUAAUAGUCGUAUUUUGUCUCACCAAAAAAUAGUCCAAGUACCUUCAGAAAUUCACACUUGCAAGAAAGAUAUAACUCUUCAUAGCCUGAAAUGACCCAGGAGCAGUAAUCUAAAUAUUUAGUCUUUCUUCAUGCAAGGACUAUUACCACUGGGUGCUGACAUAGCGUGUGUUCUGUAAACACACAAACUCUUAGGAUGUAUUUUUAAAAAUAUUUUUAAUUGCUUUUCACUGUCAGGCUUUUGCACUCAGACCGCGAUGCAAUUCCAGAUGUCCCCGCUGUGUAUUUCGUGAUGCCCACGGAGGAAAAUGUAGACAGGAUUUGUCAGGUAAUUAACUGAUCUCUACAAUCUUAUUACACCAUUUUAACCAUGUGCCAUCUUCCCUUACGUUCUUGAUUUCUCACCAUGAUAUCCUUCUUGCAAAUGAUUUUCGUAAAUAUUUUAUUGGGAAUUACUGUUUUUGGUGUUUCAGCAGUCGGUGAAUAGCAAAGCAAAAAGAAGAUAACCCUGCAAACAAUAAUAAAGCAUAAUCAUUCUGUCUAGCUAAACGGGGCAGGCCCAGAACCAUUUAGAGUUUUCUAAAGGGGUUAAGAAUUAAUGGAAGACAGGGAAGUGGAGAGAAUGUUAGAAGAAGUAAGAAAAAGGAGAGAAAAUAAAAUGGGGCAUUUUCUUUCUAACUCCUCCUGCCCCAAGUAGGUAGAGUUGGAAGGAAUGACCUUGGCAAAGGGUUGAAUGACGAACCGGAAAGCAUCAAUCUAAGGAUCCAUAUUCUCAGAAAGUUCUAAUAAGUGUCCUGUAAAAAGACUAAAGGCUUUUCCAUAGACAAUUAAAGGGACACUAUAGUCACCAGAACAACUACAGCUUAAUGUGUCAAUAGCCUGUCCCUGCAGGCAUUGUAAUGUAAAGACUGCUACCUAGCGUGUUUUUAACAUUGAUUCAGGAAUACACGUUUGUAUACCUGACCCUAUAUUGUUCCUUUUAAGAGUCAAGAGUUUGAGGGUCAUAUUGUGUGUUUAUGCAGACCAUUGGUUGGGUGUCAGCUCAACUCCAAUCUCACAAAAACUUGUCCUUUCGAGAGUGAAUCACUGAUUAGUCCAAGCACACAUGGACAUAUGUGCUGAUAAACCCACGUCUACAGAAACAACUCACAUGUGAUAAAUCCUAUCUGAAGACAUGUACUACAUGGCUUGCAUUUUAAUAUAGCAUGCAUUCUCUUUAACCAUGAUGGGUGAAGUGAUGGAGUGCGUGUUUAAAUAGACCAAUCUUUAUUGUCAAUAAGUGUCCCAUCCAAGUCUCUUUCCCAUUUGUCCUUAACAAGAGAUGUGUUCAGGAACUUUGCUCCAGUUAUUUCACAAUACAGAAAAUAAAUUUUUCCCUUUUGGUUUCUUAGAAUGUCUACGCAGAGUUGCAAGGAUACUUGAUAGUGAAUGAGGAUGGAUGGUAUGGCAUAAGAGCCAAUUUCUAGAAAACAUUCUGUUUAAUUUCCAUCUGAUCCUUUAUAUCACAUGGCAUAUCUCGAAUUGUUGACAAAUAUGCACACCUCCACAAAGCCACUUCAUUGGUAAAUUGUCAGUUCUCUGCAACUCUUGUUUCGAUCCAGGGGUAAUGGUACAACAUAUUUCCUGCUAUCCCAUACAUCUAUAUUUUGUCAUUGCACGUGAAACAGAUUAUAAGAUCCUCACAGUAAUGUUGUGUAAGGACACCUGAUUUCCAAUAUUUGAUUAAAUCAAAACAUUUUUGACACUCGCUAGAGCUUGUGGAAUCAGUAAAGAUUAUUUCAAUUACUUUUGGCAGGAUUUAUUUUCUUAAAUGCUUAGUUUAACCCCUUAAGGACACAUGACAUGUGUGACAUGUCAUAAUUCCCUUUUAUUCCAGAAGUUUGGUCCUUAAGGGGUUAAGAAACUAGUUCUAAGUACAGUAUCUCUACUAACCCAAUACCCACUCCAUUUUCACACGUGAUUCAAUGCUCUUACACAACACUUUCUUAGCUCUUUCCCUGUAAUUACUUUCUCUUGUAAUACCUUCUAUUGGUCUAAGCUUAUUUAACCAUCUUCUACUGGAAAUCCAGCUUUAUUGCACCUUUGAAUGAAUAGGUGCAAAUAGUCGAGGUCUUCAGAAAAUCUAAGGAGCUUUCAGGGUAAGACAAAAAAAUAUUCUUCUUCCGUGUUGGCCUGUCUCAUGUGUUGAUUAUACAUUCCUAAAAACCACCAUACAGCAGCAACUCACCCCUUCCCCUCUCUAUUCCUCUCCUUUAUUAUAUUACUUGGAGGUAUUUUUGCCAUUCUUCAGUAGCUGAUAAGUGUUGCUAGUAGUUUUCUUUACUCAUAUAUAAUGAUGUAACACUUUAUCAUGGAUGCUCAGCAUGACAAAGGCUUUCCUUCUGAGUUUUUGGUGCUGCUCUCCUAAAUUACUGUGGCAUUCCUCUGUUCUAGAUUUUCACUCUGCGUUGCUUCUUGUUUACAGGAUCUGAGGACACAGCUGUACGAGUCAUAUUAUUUAAACUUCAUCUCUGCCAUUUCCCGCAGCAAAUUAGAGGACAUUGCCAGUGCAGCACUCACUGCCAACACCGUGGCUCAUGUCUCAAAGGUAACGCAAGCUCGUGCUUUGUUUAGCUGUUGGGAGACAACAAUGACAUUAUAUAUCUCUUUGUGCAGAGUACAGACUUACAAUCAUAGCCGUAAAUGUCUCCUUCUAUUGCCCAUUUUUUCUGUCAACAUUUAACAUGGACGAUGAGGUUGUAGCGCGUGUGCGCGUGUGUGUGUGCGUGUGCGCGUGUGUGUGUGCGUGUGCGCGCGCACACACACACACCACCGGUGAGGUUAUAAAUUUAUAGUGUAAGGCUGUUUUUGUCUUGGCAAAAAAUAUUUUCACGUUGAUGAAAGUUCCCCAAAACACGUGACUAAUUCAUUCUUUUUCCCCUCAGGUGUUUGAUCAGUAUCUCAAUUUCAUCACACUGGAGGAUGAUAUGUUUGUAUUAUGUAACCAGAACAAGGAGUUGGUGUCUUACAGAGGUUGGUUGACGUGAAGAUCUUAAAAUUACCCUUUUUAAAAAUCAGUUUAAAUGGGUAGUACAAAGAGCCCACGGGCCCUGUCUAUUUUAGCCGUAAUACUUUGCACCAAUCACUUUCAGCUAUAUAACACCACAUCUAACAGAGGUAGCUAUGUUAUAGCUAAAUCAAUGAGAUUUAGAAGGUUAUAUGAGAAAAUUCUGCCAGUUUCAUAUACAUAUAGAAAUUCCAACAUGUACAUUUUAUGCUUAUUUCUAUGUGUUGGUUAUAUAAUUUUGGAAAUAUACAUCUCUGGCAUUUAACAAAUGUGAUUUGUGUAUAUUUAUUGACCCUUUUUUUUUUCUCUAUACCUUCUAUCACACCUGGUUUUAUUCUGAAUGUAGUGUUAUCUCCUAUUUUUAUUGUUUAAUAUUUUUGGGAACAUGCUUUUGAGUGUUUCCAUAUUGUUUGAUAGUCGUGUUGGGGUAAUACCGUCUUUCCUUUUUACGCAGCACUGAACAGAUCUGAUAUCACCGACACAGAAAUGGACACGGUGAUGGACACUAUAGUAGACAGUCUGUUCUGCUUCUUUGUCACACUAGGUAAUUGUUUUUACAUUCUUCAUGCGAGACGCACUCAUGUUUUCAAAACUGUAUCAAAAUGUGGAAUGUGCAGAAUAGUAGAGUAGAUUCUAACAUGUAAAGAGAACAAAUAUAGUAUACCUGCUGUGAAGGGCAAUGUAAACAGCGCCUGUAUAUUAUAGAGUGAUGAGGGUAAAGAAAGACACAACAUUUGUCAAAGCGCCAGCUGUCCAACUGGAGUUACGUAACUAUAGUUACAACUACCUUUUGUAGGGAGAGACACAUAGGUAAUCAUGGAAAAACACAUUACACUCCAGAAGAAAAUACCAUAGAACGUUAUUGGAGAAGUAAGCAAAUCAAAGGGUAAAUACAAUUAAUGCAAAGAAAUGUGAGUUUGUGGGUCUAUAAUAAUACUAAUGGUGAGGGAGAAACUCAGAGAAAAUCCUUGUAAGUAAAUUGGUAAACAUGCAGGCUAUAGAUGUGUGCAGGACAUGCUGGCUAUAUAUAAAUGUAAGGUAAGUUUGGCAUGCUGACCUAUUGCUAAUCGGUAUAUAGAAAAUAGAACCACUUGUUAACCUCAAUUGGGAAGAUGUCUAAUGAAAGCAUGCAGCCUAGUAUUAUCAAGGCCUAGAUGUGAUAGUAAAAAUACAUUUUUAAAGUCACAACAAGAAAGCAUUUAAUUAAUAUAUAUAUGUAGAAAGGCCAUUAGGCCUGAAUUUGUGGGAGGAGUAAGUCCCCUACUUAAGCUCCCAGCCCCUACUCACCGCUGCCGCUCAGCUGAUUGUCCUUAGCAACCAGCACUUCCGGUCCAGCUUCCCGCCAGAACUGUACCUGUUUCCAGCAGCCAGACGCCCUGUGCAAUCCUCCGUCCGUCCGAGGUCCUUCCACUCCGUUUCCCUCCGGUCGAGGUACCCGACUUCCGGUCACGAGACCGGCGCGUUCACGUAAGCAAGGCGUGGGAAUUAGCGUUCGCUAUUUCCCCGCCGUUCGGGCCUAAAAACGUAGGGGUAGGCUCCCUCUUUCGCAUUUUCACGAAUACACGCUUUCGUUUAUAUCUCCAUUCGCGCCAAAAAACGCACGAACGUUCGGCUCAUUUCGCUAUCAUUUUAUGCUUUUUCGUACGGAAACAACCGAAUAAAUAUUUCAUGUUUAAGCUCAUUAUUAUCUAUAUUCACUUUUCCGUUCGGUUAUUUCAGCACCAACCUAUUCGUAUGGUUAAUUCACGUACACUAUCUUACUAAUUUACAUUCGGUUAUUUCUAUUCUUUUAAGAUAAGCUGGCAUAAGUUCUAAUCACAGUCCUACUAUUAUUUAUUCCUUUAUAUGAGUUUGCGGUUACAUUAUAUGGUUAACUACCAGCCCUGUGUUUUUCUACCUUGUUAAACCAUUUAAAGUAUUUUUCUGUUAUAAACAUAAUGUUCACCACGGUUCAUAACUUCAUACGUGUCUAAAUUCAAGCUAUAACAUUCUUUCCUAAUAACACUCAGAUAAGUCUUUUAAACACUAUUUACAAGUUAUACCCUUUACACAUAAUCCGUACUAUUCCUUGCACAUAAAUCACGCUGUCACAUCUUUUGGCUUUUACAGAUUGCAUCGGUCUCUUGCUUUUCUGCAUUAAAGUUGUUAUUUCAAGGUCCUUUUAUUACAGGAACAGGUAUGGUUUUUAUCACCUUGAGUUAUCAGGUUUUAUCAAUUAUCUUCACAUCUAUUGCUAACUAUGGUAUAUUUCUUGGUUAAACCCUUAGAUCCUUGUACUAAUCUAAGAUUCCACCGUUUCUACGCAGUUAACCUGCCACGAUUAAACAAUCUCUGUACUUUAAACAAAGGUAUAGUUCACUCUCUUUUCAAUACUAGACCUCACGCGGUCUCAACUCCAUUACUACCUUCCCUCAGGCUUACGCCCAGGAUACGUUAUCUCUUUACUACUUGUCUACACAGACUUUCGGUCAUACGGCCACCAGGCUCAAGAAGACACCAAAAACCUGACACGGUACUCAGCCAUACCUUCAGGUACUUACAUCCUUACUCAAGUACGUCCAUUCGCUACCCCAAGGCCUCAUUCUGCCUUCUCACUCAUAUCCAAAAUCAUCCCAUUCCUACACCUAAACCUCCCAGAUCCCUCAAUGCAGGAUCUCACGUGGUGCCCCUAACAAACCUUCUCCCUAUACUAUUCAUACGACAUCACGAUACGUAUAAACACAUCAACAUCUGUCUUAAACCCCCAGGAUUCUUCCUCAAAGACAACAUUUAAGACAAGACUCUCUACACUUACCAGGAGGCUCCAGAUACCAUUUGCGACCACUCAAGGUUAGUAUCCACACACCAUUCCAGUCCUCUAACUUUACACAUUAGCAUACUAUCGAACUGGCUAUACGGCACAGGCUAAUGCCUUAGCCCACCCUAUCAGGAAAUCUGAUCCCGCGAGGCCUACCACCCCCACCCCACCUCAACACGGAGGUACGGCCCCACGCCCAAAUCAUAGUUAUAAGCCUCGCAUGCCUUACUACAGGGCUCUAGUUAGGGCCUCACCUGUCACGGCCACACGUUUUGAUUUCUCUUAUCGUCACCGAGAGGCCAACAUCCCGCCACCACGUCUGUGGCACCUACGUCAUAAGCCAAAUCAUAGGUAGAGCCUCUCAUCGCCACUUGGCAUUAGCAGGGCCUCACCUAUCCAGUCAUUCAAUAGUUAAGUUUUUCGCCUCGGCAUCUAGCAUUAAAGUCCAGUUCUUCAAGACACACCACUCCCCAUACCCCCCCUUCUUACCUCACUCCCCUUCUAAUAUAUCUUUCACAUAAUCAUUCCUUUUAGAAUGUCCCAAGAACCAAUUCCAACCGAAGAACUGACAGAAGAAGCACCAUUCACGCCAAUCAGACCCGUGUCUCCAGGCGAAUCACUCACUCUUUCAACCCCCACGUCCUUGAGAGCAUGGACUAUUCCCAAAAUCACAGCCGAGCUUAGGCUCAGGGGAAUCCCCUUUCCGGCCACAGCUAGAAAGGCAGAACUUUACAGGCUGCUUACCCACCAAGCCUCGGCCGGGAACUAGCUCUCAAGGACAACCACCAAGUAACAGCACGGCCACCCAGGAUACCCUGGCAGAUAUCUUGGCCAAUCUACAGGCCCUCAAUAGCAGGCUGUCUAAGGUGGAGAGCGCCAUCUCCUCCUCAGGUACUAACACCGUAGUCCCAGUCUCUACCACGGCUGUACCUGCCAUACCUUCAUGUCCCUCUAUACUCCCCCCUCCAGCACCUGGCACAGCCAUCACACCUUUCGAGUCACCAGCACACUCCGUCCCAGAUUCUAUCAGGAAAGAUAUAUCCUUGACGGGAAGGAUGUGUGUCUGGUGUCUUUACUCAUAGCCUCUCAGGAUGUACUCGAGAACAAGGCAGACAAUUAUGGUGACAUCUCUGUUGUGCUUAAAACGAGGGAUCCCAGGCUUAAUAAAAAAUUGUCUAUCCCACAGUUUGUGAUAGCUUUCGGGAUAUACCGCGACGUCAUUUGCACGGUGUAUCCCCAUAGGAGAGAAGAGCUAGAUCUCUAUCUCCACAAGGUAGUGGAUCUAGGCAUCAAGUACGGGGGCUCUUCCUUCUAUGACUACCACAAGUCAGUCUCAGCGAAGGCGGCGACCCAUCUCAAGCAGUUCAACAUUAGAAUGAACUGGGGUCAGAUGGACACUGAACUUUUCUGUCGCCACUUCGCCGGACUCAGGCCCCCGGCUUGUGCCAUCUGUAAUUCCACAUCCCACAUGGCGGACUUAUGUCCCGUCGAACCAGAUCCCACCACCUCCACUCUCACCCCUCACCCCACGUUCACACCUCACUCCUCUUUCACCCCUCACAACAAGCCAGCGGGUGGUCUCCGGGAUAAGCUGGGUAGGCCCAUCUCCUUUUUAGGUAAAGCACAGGUGUGCAAUAAUUUCAACGCAGGCUCCUGCAGUUUCAGCGCCUGUAGAUUAUUGCACAUCUGCUCCAUAUGUUUCAGGGCACAUACCAAGACCAUGUGUCCAGCCAGGUUGUCACCAAACAAAUGACUAACCGACAUAAAUAUCGACAACCUGGUUUUUUAUCUAAGGUGUCACCCCAGCAGGCACUUAGUGGAUUUUCUCACCACAGGUUUCUCACAAGGGUUUCACACAGGCAUAAUAGCCAUUCCCCCAGGUACACUAGAAUGUCCUAAUCUCCAGUCUGCACGUUUAGACCCAGUCGCUGUAGACACUCUCAUUUCCGCAGAAACCACAAACGGUUUCAUGAUCGGUCCUUUCACCUCUUCACCGUUUUCCUCCUGGCGCACUAACCCUAUUGGUAUUGCUAUUCACAAAUAUUCUAAUAAAAAACGUCUCAUUAUCGAUUUAUCGGCACCGCACUCCUCUUUUGUUCCAAGCAUAAACGCACUCAUUCCAGCAGACGAAUUCUCUCUGCAGUACGUCACCAUCGACGACGCUAUACAGUCUAUCAUGACAUCUGGUAAUCGACCCUGGCUCAGCAAAACAGACAUCACUAACGCCUUUAAAUUACUGCCCAUACACCCUCACUCUGGCACUUACACGGUGUUAAAUGGCGAGGGUAUUAUUACUUCUCAACACGACUCACUUUUGGUUCCCGAAGCAGCCCCAAACUUUUCGACAUUUUCGCUGAGUCACUAUGCUGGCUGCUUCUGAAUGUCAUCAGGUGUCACUCCGUUAUUCACUAUCUAGAUGACUUUCUACUGAUAGAGCCAGGGUCAUCAACACCCACAGCAAUCAAUAGUACUACCGCACUUUUUCCACACUUGGAGUCCCUUUGUCCCCAGCCAAAACUAUAGGACCCACUACAAAGUUGACCUUUUUAGGCAUAGAGCUCGAUUCUGUCAAACUCAGAGCUAGCCUUCCACACGACAAACUUUCACGAUUGAGAGGGGAGAUAGACACGUUCCUGCGGAAUGACGUUUGCACCAGGAGAGAACUUCAGUCCCUUCUUGGAUCUCUGAACUUCGCCAUGCGCAUCAUUCCGCAGGGAAGGUUUUUUAUUUCCAGACUUCUUUGCCUGCUCCAUGGAGUCCCGGACUCCGGCACAGUUUCUUUGGACCCCCACGCCAAGGCUGACUUGGCUAUGUGGGGGAAGUUUUUGAAAGACUGGAAUGGUAUCUCCAUGUUUAUCCCCCCUCUCUCCACCUCUUCACCCAUCAUCCACACAGACGCAGCAGCCAACACCGGUUUCGCAGCCAUUUUCGGGAACCACUGGUUUAGGGGCCACUGGCCCACUGAGACGGAUGCCUUGCCAGGAUUCAGGGAGACCUCAACCCUAUUUGAAAUUUACCCCAUUGUGGCGGCCGCACACACCUGGGGUCAUCUCUGGUCCGGCAAGGCAGUAAAAUGCUACUCAGAUAACUCGGCAGCUUGCGAUAUUAUUAACAAAGGGCGCUCAUCAUCCCUGACCAUCAUGCGGCUGAUUCGCAAGUUGACCUGGCUGGCAGCAUCCAAUCAGUUUCACUUAGUAUGUUCUCACAUCCCGGGUAUUCACAACACCGCCGCUGACGCUCUUUCUCGUUCUCGAUUCCAGGCAUUUUCUCAGGCACUCCCAGCAGCUCACCAACAGCCAUCCAGGACACCACGGUUUCACGAACUAAUAUUGGAUUAAGCACACUCUUGCUUCACGCUAGAUCACUCACUCACCAAGCAUUAUCACCCAACACUGCUAUCACUUACAAUAGGGCACUUAACAUAUUUAACAAAUUCACUGCAGAAUUCGGGCUACAAGGUGACUUUUCUAUCCAAACCAUGGUGUCUUUUGCCUCUUUCUGCCACCUACACCUUAAUCUGUCACACAACACCAUUAAACUUUACCUCACCGGGGUUCAGCACCACAGCCUCACCAAUUUUCCUAACAGCACCCCCUUUUUGUCUUCAUACCCCAUAAAAAAGGUCUUGAAAGGUAUAUCAAAGGUUUCACCACCACUCGCAAGCACUAGAUUACCCAUAGACGGGCCUAUCUUCAGGUCUCUUAGCAAUCUCCUUGACACAGCCCCAUUUGAUAGCUACACCAAUAUGGUGAUAAAAUCUGCCAUAUAUCUCGCUUUCUACGGUUUUCUCAGACCUAGAGAGUUCACAGUGAUUUGUCAAGGAGAUAUCGCACGAUGCCUUAAAACUUCACACCUCACCAAGGUAGAGGAUCACUACCUCCUCUCUAUCCCUACCACUAAAACCAACCGGUCAAUACAUCCUACAAUAAUUCCUCUCUUCCCUACUGAUAAUGCCUGGUGUCCGGUGAAAGUUCUCGACCAACUACGGUCUACUUUUCGCACUCACCUGCCAGACUCUCCGCUCUUAACAUUACAAGGGCACCCGCUUACCACGGCAAAAUUGAUGUCACAUGUCAGAACCCUGUUAUCUAAGCUCGGACACAAUCCGGCUGCAUUCUCCGGGCACUCCUUCCGCAUAGGAGCCGCCUCAGCAGCCUCAAGCACAAACGCACCGGUCCACAUCAUCAAAAGGCUCGGGCGAUGGAAAUCCUCCAUAUAUAACGCAUAUAUUCCGCAACCAGAGAAAGAGCUUCGCCAAGCUUUCAGAAACUUGGUCUUGUAAAAUGCAAUAAAGUGUGUAUUUUCUCGAAUUUAUCUUUUGCCCUCUUUUAUUUACAGGCCCACUCGUACGUUGGUUUCGGCACACCACAACCAACUUUGCUCACAGUUACUAUCCAUCACGUAUUUAAAUUCCGAGCACAAGUAGAAAGGCCAUUAGGCCUGAAUUUGUGGGAGGAGUAAGUCCCCUACUUAAGCUCCCAGCCCCUACUCACCGCUGCCGCUCAGCUGAUUGUCCCCACCCACCUACACCCUGUUUUAACUACAUUAUCCUUGGUGGGCCCUCUUUUAUUUACAGGCCCACUCGUACGUUGGUUUCGGCACACCACAACCAACUUUGCUCACAGUUACUAUCCAUCACGUAUUUAAAUUCCGAGCACAAAUAUAUAUAUAUAUAUAUAUAUAUAUAUAUAUAUAUAUAUAUAUAUAUAUAUAUAUAUAUAUAUAUAUAUAUAUUUUUUUUUUUAUUUUUUAUUUUUUUUUUUAUAUAUUUUUUUUUAUACAAUGUUAAACAAAAAUCUGCACACCAGUAAAGCCAUAAGACUUCAUUUUCCCACAGAAAUCACAGUUCUGCAGUGAUAUUAGUACUGCAAAGGAUUCUGGGUGGGCAUAUGCAAAUUAGUUUGAUAAUAAGUUUCAUUUAUGGCUUGACUGUUGUGCAGAUUUAUGUAUAAAUUGUAUUAACUAUCCACAGACUAAAGGUGAAAGGGGUUUUCGAUCAAAUGUUUUCCCCCACCUUAACCUUUUAUUUAUAUAUUAUAUUUAUAUAUUGCUGUUCUUUAGUUACCUAAUAUACAUAUUGGAAUAUAUACGUAACUAAAGAACAGCAACAAACCAAACUCACUCAGCCUAACUAAAUGUAAAACAAUCCAUACAUUGUACCGGACGUGGGGUGCUUGGGUGACCCUAUAUAAUGUAUUUGUCUUACGACUAUAGAACGCAUUUAGUCUAUAUAAUGUUCCUAUAAUGACUGCUUUUAAUAUUCAUUGAUGUGUUUGGAGACAUUAUGCAUUUGUAUGAAUAUCCAGGAGAGUUAUCCGUGAAGGUCAGAAGGGAUAUAUUCUUUAUAGCGUGAAGCUGUACAAAUUAAAAAUUUGAUAUCCAUGCCAUUGGUGUGUGGGCUUAGCAUUUAGCUUGUCAUUUAAGAUAAUUCCGAUUUUAUGUGAUUUUAUAUAUUGGGUAUACUAAGCCUUGUUUUUCCUUUCUUGUCAAUUGCUAUAGAACCCGAAAGCUAGCUUGUUAAAGACAUCUGCUGUAGUAGAACAGAUCUGCAGAUAUUUUUCUUUAAGGAGAUUAUUUCUGAAAAACAAAUAAAUAUAGAUGCUCACUAUAUACUAAAUAGAGAGAGAAGGGCUGUAGUGAAGGAUUUCCCAAUCUUGCGUCAAUACAGGAUAAAUAGAACAAACAAUUGAUAUUUAAAUUUAAAAAAUUUUUUUUUAUUAUAACCUUUAAGUAAAAUCACCCUUUCAAAGCAUAUACAACAGGGGGCGGGGCCUGACUGGCAAGCUCCUCAACCCUAAUGUCUUCUAACGCCAAAACAGGGACAAUCCACCUCAAAAUUUCGACUACCAAGGGGGUACCUCGAAGUGGAGGCACACAGACCACAAAGCAGAGUGAAAAUCCGAUGGCGGAAUGCACACGUGGUGAAGAGGGCUCCUUGCGGCCUUUAAAGAGAUACCAGGCGGGAGACGCGGCCGGUCUUCUGUCCACUACUCGACUCGCAAGCAGCCUGGGUCUCGCUUUCCCCCCCUCUGGGCUGGUGGGGGUUAUCCCGGUCCCCGCUGGGCUGAACGCUAAGGUCCUCCCGGGUCAAUGUGAGCUGCCCACGCAACAAGAUGAGCCAGGCGCUGGCACCCAAGAUGGCGGAUGCGCCUGUACCUCAAGAAACGGUGCAACAUCAAGCCGACCUCUCUGACCCGCUCGGAAACUUUGAUGCACGACUGGACGCAGCCUUUAAUACCUUUUGGGCCAGUCUAACGGAACAGAUUAAACGGGCGCCCCCUGCACCAUCACCACAGAUGAGAGAGCAGACACUCGGUGAGAAGAGGCACAAGAGACCCCCCAAAGGCAACACAGUCGCAUCAAUGGCACAACACACCACUUUAAACCCUCCUGGGCCUAGAGCCACCCGGGGAUCACCCCCAAAGCACAGACCACACAAGCAGAAGAGAACUAUAAGCCGCAGCCACCGUAGUAAAGCUCCCUGCAAUUUCCCGGCCGGGAAGAACUUGGACACAAAAAGGACCCAAGUUCGUGGUAACAAGGUGCAGGCUCUGGAACAGGCCUGAGGCAUGGGGGUUACCUUGCCCUUGACAAGCAACAUGGCUCACCACCUGGACAGAGACUACAAAACGAGGCCCACUACAGGCAUCGGCUGACUGCUUGGCCCUCUGAUACCGGUGCUACUCAACGGUUACCGAAUCCGCUACCACUACCGACCACCCAUAGCGCUCACACGGAGGCUCGACGGACACACAAGCCAGAGACUGACUAUUAUUGAGACUAUCGCUCACCAAGGAGAUCAGGCACCAAGGCAGGGGACAGGAUAACACUCCAAUAAAGCACUAUCUGGGCAUCUCAGUUGCUGCCAUGCUUCUAGACCCAUGACUGACUUGCACCAACCGUGGCCUCGACUCUUUUAACUACCCUUGUGGUCCCAAUGGCACCCUGUGGCCUUGGCACAACACACGAUCUGAACUGCGGAGCAUAUUGAUACCCUUACUGUUAAUUUUGUUGUCUGUCAAUGUAUUUUCAUAUCGAUAUACAAUUAACGGUUUAGCAUGCACCACAAAAGUAUACCAUCAACUGAAUAAGCAUUGCAGUCGAUAUUAGCACUGUGUUUGAUAGAAGUAUUGCGUUAGAUGCGAGCAUUGUGGUUUGAAGUAAGCAUUUAGGUUGUUAUAGGCACGGUGCUGAUACUUACAUUGCGUCUGAUAUAAACACUGCUUUUGAUAUAAGCAUUGUGACUGAUAUGAGCACUGCGUUUGAUAUAAGCAUAACGUUUGAUAUAAGCAAAGUGAUUUGAUAUAUACAUAGCAUUUGAAACCAGCAUUGUGUUUGAUAUAAGUGUGACGGACCGCUGGCACUCCGAAUGAGUACCUCCGCCAAUCGAUGCUCCUAGUGCUCGCUGAGGACUCCAAGCACUCCAACCGACACCAUCAGCACUGCAGACCCCACUUCCAGCGAUGCAACUGCGCCGGGGUCUCUGCUGUCUCCACCCACCCUGGACCCAAGGCCAGGAUCCAGCUUCCAGUGGGUGAACCUCUCUUUCCCCAGAGAGAGGAACAGGAACAGGAACAAGCUCUUAGCAGAACUUAGUGAUCAUACCCUGGGGAGUAUAGUGAUUAUAGCAAUCCCCAGAGUGUAUUUCUCCAAUCCCCCAAACAUGAGCCAAGGCUUAAUGCUGGAACAAGACUGAUUUACUGGCAAACAGAACUCACAAUUUAUGCAAUACAAAACUCCUCCUCUGGGCCAGGCCAGAUAAUUGAGUUUCUACAAUACACAAAGCUCAAUUAUCUGCUGGCCAGAAAUAAUACAGUUUUUACAGCAUUCAUAACUUCUAAAAUAUACAUCACAUUCACAUAAAAAUUAUAUAUUCACAAUCAAUCCAUUCAGGGAAACAACAUAUCAAAAAAUGGCAUGAAUCAGACCAGGGGUUCAGAAGUUAGUAAAGUAUCUUUUGGGGCCUGGCUGGCAGCAUGGAUAUCUGGCCCAAACUGGUUUUACAGAGCCCUCUAGCUUGGAGACAAUGGGGAAAGUAAUCCAAAUAACCAGGGAUAGAAGCAGACUCCAUUGAGCACAUGUUCCCAGUAAAACACAAAAGGAUACAAAAAUACAUAACUCCUAUCAUACUGAAUUGAACGGGCCAAAUCUCCCAGAGUCCAUAGUCACAGGGCAAGAGGCGGGCAAGCAGUCCUCUCCAGGCACAAGUGGCGAAGGGCAGUUCGUCACAAUAAGCAUUGAGUUUGACGGAAGCACGGAAUAGUUAUUUUUCUUACGUGCAUAAACUGUGCAAAGUUUGUUAUAAGCCUGUUUAUUAGAAACAAUUAUGCAAUAUUAACUCAUGUCAUAUGUUGCUCAACGUUGAGCUGCUGGUGUCUGCCGUUGUGGAAAUACCGGUAAGUAUGUACCUUCAAUGCAUAUCAAAAAAUAAAGAGUUAAAAAAAAAAACAUAUACAUACAUGUAUCAAUCAACAAGAUCUUUUUGUCACGGAGUGUCAAAUAUCCCAAAAAAGCAAACACAAUAAUAGUGCAAUAUUUUAUUUGAAAAUGGAAUAACACUUUGUAACAAAGGCACACACUCACACUUUUUUCCAGUUUCUAAGAGCUCUGCUGCAUUAAGCGUUGACGGUACAAUCCACGUCUCGGGAUAUGUGUUUAGCAAAGGUGAUGGUACUUCUCCAAAAAGUGCAAUACGUGAAGACUAGUCCAAAAAGUUCAAUAUGUUAAGCCAAGACAGUUAUUUCUAUUUCAACGCAAAUGGUUUAUAAUUUACAAGUGCCAUUUGAAGUGGUGUAGUUUGUUGUUUUUUUCUUGUUAAUGUGAACUGGUGUCCCCAAUGUAAGUAAAUUAUUUGGAAAUGGUUUGACAACUUACCUGUCCUCCACUGGUCACCUGCACAGAGUUCUGUUGGCUAAAGUCCUGCCAUGCAUGGCUUCCUCAUUGGUUGACACAGCUUAUCACUCUCACCAAGUGAACGAAGCCACCCACAGCCAAAAUUAGCUCAAUGUAGAGAACUUCCAGCGCUCAGUGGACCCUAGGUAAUUAGUUUAGUUACAUUGUAGGGGGGGUAGGUACUAUAACCACUAUAGCAUUCUGUAGUGAUUUGGGUGCUUGAGGUAUUACUCUAAGCAUCACCAUUGUAGCAUUUUUAAUUAUAGCCCAUGAUGUUAUAAUAAUUUCUAUAUCUUGUUAUCCUUGUUUUUUUUUUUUUUUUUUGGUUAGUGUAACAUGAUUAUACACUUGUUCACAAAAGUUAACAUUUUUGGGGGAUUCAGAGUAAAUUUAAAGUAAAUUUGAAAUUUAAGACCAAAAUUUUACAAAAAGAUUUCAAGUAAUUUGUGCUUCCAGUUCAACUUUAUUGAUCUUAAAUUUGAAAAGUUGUAGUUGCAUAUGGGGAGAUUGGACUUCAGUUCACCUUUGUGUUUUUCCCUCUCCCCUGUAUAGGUGCUGUACCCAUCAUAAGAUGUCCAAGAGGAAAUGCUGCAGAGAUGGUUGCAAUUGUAAGAAUGUUACCUUCCCUCCACCUAAAUGUUGGUUCUGAGCAGAGUAUGCAUUGUCACAGUCAGCUAAAUCCUUUAGCCUUGAUGACAUGUAACAUAGGACAUCCCUCAGAUGAUAGCCUACACUUUGGUAAACUUUGUAUCUAUUGUAUAACAGUCUUCAUAAAGUGCUGCUAAGGACUGGGUCUUACUAACACUCUUUGAAAUACUCCUUUACCUUUAACGUCUCACUUCUUUGCUCCCCUAGAAAUUGGAUAAGAAGCUGCGUGAAAACCUCCGAGAUGCCCGUAACAGCCUUUUUACUGGCGAUAACCUUGCAGCCGGACAGUUCAGGUACGUGUUUAGAGCAGAUUUAUAGUUUUGUUCUUUGAUAAGAUGUACAGCAAGGGUGCCCAGAAGAUAGAUCCCCAGAUGUUUUAAAACUACAGCUUCCACAAUGCUUUGUUAUUCUAAAGGCAUUUAAAGCAUCAUGGGAGUUGUAGUUAUACAACAUCUUGGGAUCUACCUUUUGGGCACCCCUGGUGUACAGUCUCUCAUAUGUGAUUUAACAUUCAACAGCUCACAGUGCUCCAGCACAUGUCUAUGUACCUUCCAUAGAAAAUUCUAAAAUCUAAAGAGACAGAUAUGAAAGAAAUUAUAUAACCAGAUGUAACUAUACUAGAAAUACAUCUGUAUAUAUCAUUUAUUCUAUUUUUUUUAUAAACUUUUGUUUUAAGCUGAGACUAGGGUCCCAAGUCAGAUGUCCACACUCUGCAUUUUGGACUUCCAAUGUUGUAGGAAGGUCAUGAGCUAGAUAUGGCUGACCUUUGUCCUGGAACUGAUGUGGGGUGCAUUUCCCAUAAUGCUUAACCAGCACAAUGACUGACUGGCUGAACAUCAUGAUCAAAUGAGUCCACUAUAACGGUGUUGCCCAAAGCCAGCCGUCCAUGGCACGGGUUAAUACAAACUCAUCUUUGCUAGUGAGCGUAAUGCAGCUGUCCCCUACGAUGUAUCAUGCAGCAAUUUCUCCUGAAAGGGUACAUAUACAUGAAUUACCUGCAGCCUGUUUAAUUACAUUAUGAUGUAGUCUAAGUACCAUAGCAACUAUAGCGUGCUGUUGUCAUUAUCUUUCUAGGAGUGCUUUAGGCAAGAGUCAUAUUAUUUAAGAAAGUUUUUUUGACACUUACUUGGGUGCAUCCAGUCCACCCUUUUCUUGCGAAAUCAUUAAUUAGUGACAUUUCUACUGAUGUUUGGAGGGAGUUCAUAUAUCUAUUGAAGAAGGGGAACUUUCUUUUUCUUGUAAUCUGAAGAGAGCCUGGAUGAGUGGAUUCAGGUAAUAGUAAAACUAUUUACCAUGGAACAUCCCCAGGGCACUUCUGGCACCAUAACCACUACUGCAUGCUGUUGUGGUAAUGGUACCUAGAUUGCCCUUUAGUGCUUAGGAGUAGUAGAUUUACUGCUUUAGUUUAUAAUUGUGUUCCGGCUUUACAGCCAUUUCAAAGCAGUCUGUCACCUAAACAAUGUAAAGAGUGCCUGAUAUUUUUCUAAUGUCUGACCUAAAAUACCCAAGCACUGUAUUUCAGGAUUGUCACAUAAGAGCCACAUAGUUUCUUUAGAACAGGGAAUGUGCCUGAGAGAUUUAUUAAUUUGAAGAUCUUCUGAAAAUAUUUGGUGACCGUUUAUCUUUUUCUUUUUGUGCAGCUUCCAAAGACCUUUAUUGGUUCUUGUCGACAGAAACAUAGACUUGGCUACUCCACUUCACCAUACAUGGACAUACCAAGCACUGGUCCACGAUGUUCUGGUAAAUAUCAAGUUUGCAUUCCUAAGAGCGCAUAGGAUAUUCAAAGGACUUGCUCUGUAUCACUGUACAUGUUACUUUUAAAAUGUUUGUCAUACACUAAACAUGCAAGUAUUAUAAUGUGAUCUCUACAUCAUGCUUGCAAAAUCACAAGCAAAAGCAUGUUAUGUUUAAUUUUGGACUACUUGUGCAGCCUUGUUUGGGCUACUCUGACCUUAAAAUACUUCUGUGGUGACCCACAUAGACACUUAGAGAUGGGUUCACUGCAUGGAGGUGUGUACUCAGAACUGUUAAUGUACCCACAAUAUGAUAGGUAUACUCCACAUACAUUGAAAGAACGUUGAUGGAAGUAACUUAAAAUGAUCUGUUACAUUUUUGGUGAGGUUACACCUCACACUUGUAAAGACUAGUGAAGCAUUUUCAGGCAUUUAGCUCAGCGAUCCUCCCAAGAUAACCUGCAUGCUUCAGAAAUACAUUUCCGACGAUUCCCUGUGCAUGUACUUGUGCAGGCAGUCUUGCAACUUUUGAAAUUUGCAUGAGGUAUGUCUGUACCAGGAAAUUUGUGCGUGAUCUCUGGUUGCUAUGGUUAGUUGUCUUGCUCUUCACACGCAAGUAUCUUGGCAUCAUGGUAGAGGUUUGCCCUGCUUGGGAAAGUGUCCCCAAGGGCAGAUAAGCAAAUCAUACCUCCAGUCCCACCAGGUUGAGUAUUCUAAUCGUUUAACACCCAUGAUGUUGACUUGAUGGUGCUGGACCAGAAGGGAAGGCAACGUAACACUAAAUUUUUAAUAUAAUUUAUCUCUAUGGUGAAUUACUAGUGGAGGCAGAUCAGUGAUGUGUUGAGCCUUUUGUGUAAACUUUUUUAACCUAACCAUUUUUUUAUUUUUUCCAUUUUGACUGCUGACAACAAGUUUUACAUUUUUUUUCCUGGGAUACUCUUACAUUUGUGCCCAAACAGCAAAAAUCAGCUUGCUACUCAGUCGUUAAAGGUGAUAAAAAUCCCUACCCAAAUUUCAGGAAAAAAAACAAAACAGACGAGGUAAUAUAAUUCUGAUGUCAUGUGGAACAUCCUGUUAUAUAUUCUCACCAUUUUGACGGGCAUCACUGAGAUCUGUACAUUCUUAACCACAUCCCAGUCACAACACUAUAAGGCAGCACAAACUUCGAACUGCAUUUAAAAGCUUAUUCUUUAUUCGGUGCCAUUCAAUUUAAAAUAACACAAGGAAUUGCAAAGCACAAUGCAAAAUAAUUCCAGUAUACCAUUGUGCAAAAGACAAAAAAUCAGGGAACCCAAUUUACUCACAGGUCUUACCCUUAAUGGUGACCUUGUGUUCUAAAAAGGGUGUUUAAACGGUACUUAAAUGUGUGUACUCCCUUAUAUUGAUGUGAUAAGAAUUUUUAUAAACAGUACAGCCUAGCCUUAGAGAAUGCAUCACAAAUGUGUAACUGUAAUCGUAUGCAAUCUCUAAAUAUUCAUAUGGAGUGUCAAGGCUAUGAGCAAUAGAAACUUAUAUCAGAUGAAAAAAUCAGUCUCGAGCUAAGAGAAUGUGCGUAGUUCAGCAACAGCUGGGUGGUUGGUGUUGGACACCCAGCACCUCUCUCUGAGAUUUACAUUUCAAUUUCUAAUUUUUUCUUGUAAACAGUACUUUGCAGUACUUACUAUUUUUGUUUCUUUUUGCCCUCCCAGGAGAAGAGUCUGUUAUAUUGGUUCUACUCAAACUACCACCUCUCUGCCACCAGAGGUCUCCACACACUCUAUUAUAAUUCAUAGAAUUAUAGCUACCUUUCUGAUCAUUGUCUGUACAAUUAUUCAUGGCGGCCACCAACAAUCUUUUAUUUUAUUUAUAGGAAAUAUGUUUCUGAGGUAUGCAGGACACAUAUUACACAGCAGUAUCGGAAUAAAUAGAGGUUUACAGUACUCAAAAAACGAAAAUCUCAAAAUCCGGUUUCUGACCAUCUCAAAUAUUUGUUUAACAUUUAACACAUUCUCUGCUAAAGAGUCUGUUGGACUACAAGGAGUUACUUUCAUUUGGUAUAUUUUUUGUAUCGUCCUUCUUAUGCAAACCUGUUUCAGUGGGUUAAAGUGUUUUUGUCCCUUUAAAUGGAAGGUGAGAGAAGGUAUUUCUCAGAAGGCAAUGUUUGUUUUGAAUUUUUUUCCUGGUGUCAAACGAGCGUAUUUGUUGUUCGUUAUUCUCUGCAAUGGGCCGUAUUGAGGUGGAGGUGGCUGAUGUCUGUCCUGGUUGUUUGCAGGUCACUUGUAUAGUAGUAACGUGGUGACUGUUCUAGGGAAAUAGUGGAGAUUUAGUGAAGGCUGAUCCAUUAGGACCACGGGGAGAAAUGGAGUGAGGAGGUUUGUACAGUUUUAUAGCCAACGAUUUCACACUUUGGCUUACUGAUAAACAGGCUCGUUGCUCAGUACAUGCUUUUUGCUUAAGAGAAAAAAGGUGUUCUAUUUGGUAUGUUCAGUGUUUGUCCACUGCCAGAUUCUGUUUCCCUAAUUUCUACCCAGGAUAAAAUGUCAUCCUUUCUCUUCCUCUUCCUCUUCGGCCCCAUAAGUGCCCAAUGUUACAAGACUGUACUUCGUUAAUAACUCUUCUUUCUUUUCCCCAAUUUCUUGUAAUGACUGACAACCCUACUGUCCUCUCCUCAUUCUUCAGGUGCAAGGUUACGCUCACCUUCUCUCUGUUCAUUCCUGAAAUUGCCAGUCAGUGUUUCAUUUAUUUUUGGUCCAUUAAUAUAAAUGCAACUUGGUAGCCCUGAGAAGCUUCUCACAGCUCUUAUCUAGACUUGUCAUAUCCUGUAUCUCCUUUAUUGCACCUUGUACAGGUGUAAAUUAUUACAGAAACAUCAUUACGUCUCCAAGGUUCUUUUCUUCAGUACUUUAAUUUGAAAUGGACUCCUAGAGGAUAUGUUUAAAAGACAACUGUCACCUCAAAACAAAUUUUUAAUAUAAUGCUUUCGUUACGUUUUGAAAGUAAUUGGAUAUAUUUUUUUAAAUAAAGAGUUAAGGCAAACUCAUUCCUAGCCAUAUACAUGCAUCAUGGGUCUUCUUAUUUAGAAGUAGUGGAUUCAAUGCUUCUCUAUAAGAGACAUCAGACUGAUGGAGUGAGCUAUAGGUCGUAAAGAAGCAUUGGAUUGAAUCAACAUCAUCACAACAGAGGAGACUGACUUGGCAUUGGAUUAAAGGUAAGUUUAUAGGUAUUGUUUGUUUUUUUAUUUUUAUUUUAUUUUAUAAGGGAGAGGGCAUGAAUCUAAGACCAAAAUGUUUUAAAAAAUAAAAUAAAUUAUAAAUGUAUUUAUAAAUGCAAAAAACAAAUUACCUGUGCAUUAUCACAAAUGCACAUUUAAAUAACAGGUUUUUACUAUCACACUGAUUGUCUUAACAGUGUAAGCUUGCCUGUCCUAUCAAGGCAAACCUCUUCAGUGAGUCCUACGGAAAUGAACAUUAUUAUAUAACCCUAUACACUGGUUAAUCCUCACUAGAGCAUAUAAGGGGUGGCUUGGAUCACUGGAACAUAGCUGCAUAAUUUAGAAGCAAAUACAAACACACAAACUUAAACGGACACUAUUGUCACCCAAAACACUUAAUCUCAUUGAAGUGGUUUGGGUGCAGUGUCCCUGUCUCACUUAGUUCUGCAAUGUAAAUCAUUGCAGUUUUAGAGAAACUGCAAUAAUUACCUUUUAAGACUGCAUCCAGUGGCUGUCAGACAGCCACUAGAGUCACUUCUGGCAUCCUCAGGAACUCUUAGUCUCUUAUAUGACGGUGUACGUCCUUACGCUCCGCAUGGGAGCAUCCAGUGUCUGUGAAAUUCCCAUAGGAAAGCAUUGAAAUGUACCUGCAAAUUUUAGGCCAAUAUAGCCAAGCUGGGACAAUAGUUGAAUUGGAGUAACCAUCCCACCCCAUCCCCAAAAAGGAAAAAGUUGACUUGUUUUAAAUAAUAAUUGCCGUUUCCAGUUUAAACAGUUUGUGUGAUGUAAGAUGAUAUGAACCCUAUGUAAAAGAUCUCCUGCUUCAUUUUGAAAUCUUUAUAACCUGUGCUAUUACAGUGUCAUGGAGUGGAUUUAGCAAUGUGGUCUAACGUACUAAAAGUGGUACGGUCACCAUGGAAACAAGUGUUACCAGCAGGCAUAUUCCACUGGGGACAUUUUAAAUUUUUUCAUCACUUUUUAGAACAGAACACUUAGGUAACUCUCCCCCUAUGUUUCUGAAGUAGUAAUUGAUACCCAGCCUGUUACCUGUGUGAGUAACUUAAAAUGUAUUACUUGUUGCAGGAUUUCCACCUGAAUCGAGUGGAUUUAGAAGAAUCACAAGCAUUGGAAAGUAGCCCAGCAGGAGCUCGCCCCAAAAAGAAAAACAAGAAAUCAUAUGACUUGACCGUUUCAGAUAGAUUUUGGCAGAAACACAAGGGCAGGUCAGUUAUUAUGAUCCAUUUUCUUUGGAGAGAAGAUUAGCAACUGUUCUGGAGUAAUUCUUGAAACAUUAUUUUUCAAGAAUUCUAUUUCACUUUAUCUGCAUUAAUUUAUCCUAUACAUUAAAGAGACAAUCCAGACUGGAUACGACUUAUUUUCUAUUUAUAAUAUACAUUAUUUAAUUUUUCUUUUUUAAAUUAAAAAAUUGCAUUAACUGUAAAUAAUAAAAAGUACAUUUUGAAGUUCCUGCACAUUUCCAAGCUCUGCAGUGACCUAUCACCAAAUCAAGACGUGAUUCACACCACUUAACAUUUUAUAUCAUUACUGAGCUUGCACUGUAAGUGCUUUAUGGGUGUAGUAAGGGUUUCUAGGAGUUGUAGUUCAUUUGUCAUAUUACUAGUGUAGAAUGUGUCAGUGCAUCUCUAUGAGGAGAUGCUGAUUGGCCAGGAUGGCAUCAGGCCCUGCCCCACCUCAUUGGCAAUCUCAGCCAGUCCAAUGCUUUUCUAUGGGAACGCACUGUGAUUGGCUGAGAUCCUCACUUCUGAUGAUGUCAGCCAAUCAGGGGCAGAGCCAGCACAAGCAGACUGGAAUAAAGGUAAGAUUUCAUUAUAUUGAGGGUCGGUCUGCAGUCAUCCAAGCUGCAAACCACGCUGACUGCAAGCAAGGCCUGACGGGGGGAGAGGCGGCCAAUCUCCUUGCCCGACAUGCACAGACCUACAAUAUGAUGAAGCUAAAGCCCCGCUACCUCCCCCUUUGGACCGGCGGGGGUGAUCCCGCUAUUAAGGGCUCCUUACAUUCACAAAAGGCAAGCGACACUGCCGAGGCUCGAGGACUUCCUGUGAUGGAAGCAUCCAAGAUGGCCGAGAAAGCACUUUACAGGCCCUAUCCGGAGGGAGAAUCUGGAACACUGUGAGAGCUGAAUUGCCUCCGCGAAGACUUCUGGCAGGACCUGCAAUGCAGAUAUCUCCAGCCGGCCCCACAAGCUACACCAACAUACAAAGCCAUAAGAACCCUUCCUGCAAUGCUUAUUGUAACGUACACAUGGUGCCUAAGUGCCUGGAGUGUCUCUUAUAUACAAUAUUUCUGUGGCCUUGUAUAUUAGACCGUUAAAUGUUCUAGAUAUUUCCUAGUAGCAUUUAGAGAACUUUCUGUGUUGUCAUUUAAUAAUAAUUUUCUUAUUAAUGAAAUUGAUUUGACUAUCAAAUGUUCAUUACAUCAUUUGAACCAAUAAAAAGAAAUUUUGCAAGCGUGCUUGCAAAUAAAAUGGUUCUUUCAAAUCAAAGCAUACCUUAUGGUGAUACAUGCAAAUAAGCUCCUCUUAGACACUACAAGAACUUCUGUUUCAUCACAUCACUGUUUUAUUUUACAAAUGUCUUGGGUGCCAAAGUUGGUCUUAACUGUCCUAGAGAGUUUUUUUUCCCCCGACUUAAAACAAUUUUUCUUUUGGAGACUGUUUAAUCUUCCACUGUCUUUGCUGUAAACAUUAUAUGAUCUGUUUCUCACUCUCUCUUCAGUCCAUUCCCUGAAGUAGCUGAGUCAGUGCAGCAAGAACUUGAAUCUUACCGGACACAGGAGGAUGAAGUGAAGCGCCUUAAAACUAUUAUGGUAAAUACUUUUUUUUUUUUUAACGUUGUGUUGCUAGCCACUUGCACGGCCGGUAAUGUCUUUCAGUAAUUAUUUGUUGUAAGGGUUUAAUUAUAAUUCAGGUGUUUCUUACACAUCCGAGCAGCUCUUCCUUACCCUCUCAAUGAUGUGGUCUGGGUGCAGUGGCUCUGUCCUUUUAACACUGCAAUGUGAAAUAUUGUAGUUUUUUUUAGAAACUGUAAUGUUUACAUUUCAGAAUUAAAUCCAUCUCUUGUGGCUGUCUUCCUGACAGAUACUAGAGGCGCUUCCACUGCAGGGACGAGUAUGCGCAUAGGAAAGUAUUGCAUAUAAUAAUAUGGGGAAGCUUGGAUGCACACACCGUGCAUUUGUGUCAAGUCCCCAGUGCUUCUCCAUGAGGAGCAUUUGGAUUGGACCAUCACGGAGGAAGCACAGGUGAACAGCACAGAGGGAGCUUCAGUGCUGGGAAAAGGCAAGUAAAACUUCAAAAAUCACAUUUAAUUUUUAUGGCACAUGAGGGGGGGGGGCUGUAGAGAGCUUGAGUUAGGGGCACUAUAUCAAUGACAGGUUUGUAUUCCUAAAACUGUAGUGUUCUUUUAAAGAAAUAUUCAAGUGUUAAUAAUAAAUACCCUUCUGUAUCUCAAAAGUAAUACUCUUUACUUACUGUAAUCCUGUGGAUAUUGAUACUUUGGAGAGAGUUCAGAGAAGGGCUACUAAACUGGUUCAUGUAUUUCAGGAUAAAACUUACAAGGAAAGGUUAAAGGAACUUAACAUGUAUAGCUUGGAGGAAAGACGAGACGGGGGGAUAUGAUAGAAACAUUUAAAUAUAUAAAGGGAAUAAACACAGUAAAGGAGGAGACUAUAUUUAAAAAAAAAAAAAAGAAAAACUACCACAGCAAGAGGACAUAGUUUUAAACCUUUGCUCCUCUAAUUUAAGACUAUCAGGAAGAAUUACUUUACUGAGAGGGUAGCUGAUGCAUGGAGUAGCCUUCCAGCUGAAGUGGUAGAGGUAAACACAGUAAAGGAGUUUAAGCAUGCGUGGGAUAGGCAUAAGGCUAUCCUAGCUAUAAGAUAUGACUAGGGACUAAUGAAAGUAUUUAGAAAAUUGGGCAGACUAGAUUGGCCGAAUGGUUUUUAUCUGCCGUCACAUUCUAUGUUUCUAUGAUAUGAUCUCUACUCUCAGGAGAUCCACCUUCCUAGCUGUCUGACAGCUGGUGGGGUCCAACUUUAGGCCAUUUAUAAAAGUGCCAAUGUCCACAAAAGGUGGCACCUGUAAAAGCAGAAGUGCUUUAGGGGUUCGGAUGUUGUUCCAGUCAGUACCCAUUGACUCUACUGGAAAGGUGCUGAUUUGGUUCCUUUGGUGAUCAUUGAACCACCUGUGUCGACGGUUGCUGGAAACUCUCUUAAAGUAAACUUCUGUUAUAAUGUAUUUAUCUCAAGCUAUAUUUCCACAGUCUGUAUGGCUUUUAUUCUCCAUAUAAGAGAGGUUGACAUAUUCUUUUAAUAUUUUGUGCAAUUAAAAUUUAAGGCAUCACUGAAUGAACUGUCUGUGCAUUCUCAGCCACUACACUAAUUUUGUUUUUCGUAGGGUCUGGAAGGGGAGGAUGAAGGUGCAAUAAGCAUGCUGUCAGAUAACACUGCCAAGUUGACCUCUGCCGUUAGGUGGGUUAUUUGAUUGUAAUUUUGGGAGGAUGUAUUCAUACAUCUGUGAUUACGUCACACAGUCUUUCGAUCAGGAAUAAUGUGUUGGUACUAGUAUAAAUAAGAGAGCUGCAAGAACCCGGGACAAAGACAAAUGUGUACGUAGUAGCGUUGCAAUGAUCAGAAGAAACCCCUUCAAUGGGAUUUGAGAAACAAUUAUCUACUUUGCUCCUGCAGCUGCCUCUCCAAUUAACAUCCAAUGCCACUACAAUUUGUUUAUCAUUACUUUUAACUUGUCUGCACUGCUUUAUGAGAAAUUGUAAAAAUAUUACUUUUAAGUUUCACACUAAUAUGACUUGUGGUAUUAAUAGCUGGGGUGACCGCUUUUUGAUCCAAAGAGAUAUGUGACUGCCAUUCUGGGGUCAAGAAUACAUUUUUUUUUACUAAUUUGGUGCAAAUUUACAAAGCUGUUUUUUGUCUUCUUUUGGAUCAACAGCAAAAACAGAUGUAAGAAAGGCUGGACUUGUGGACACAUGUCUCUUUUCAGCCUAUGUAACUAUGUUUACAGAAUUGAAUUUGCAUGUUAGCUUAGACCUCUUUUGUUCCUGCAGCAAGCAAUUCACAUUUAAAUUCGCUUAAAACAUGUGGUUGAGUAGUGUUUGUCUUGGAUGUUUAUUGCAUAAUUAAAAACAAAAAUGUUGCUAUAUAGUUUGUCUACAGCAGUUAAUUUGGCUCUAAAUCAACCUCCAUCCACAUUACAGUAUAUUAGUGAAACAAAUUAUUUUAAGAGUGUAAAUCUAGCCUCCGUUGGCAUAAAGUACAUAUGCAGAUAUGAUUAAUAUGCAUAAACAAAAAUUACUCCAUUCACAGUUUAAUGCAAAAAUGAAGUGUUUAUAUGUAUUUGCUUUGUCAUGCAUUUGCUUGUAAUAUAGCUGUGUCACUUUAUAUGGGUGAUGAGGAUAUUAAAUAUGAACAUACUAUUACACACUUUCAAAAGCUAGAAUUAGAUGGUCAGUUGUACAUCGUACACAUUUAAGAGAGAGAAACAGUCUUACACAUUUGUUUUGAAUAUUUUUAUUGUUUUCACAAUAUAAGUGCAUAUUGCGAACUGGUUCGUAAUAAAGCAAGAGGUUGCCCACGCAGGGGCUUAAACAGUAAUUUAUAGCAUUCAUUAAGGUGAAAGGUCGCCUACAUAGAGGCUUGAAUGUUAGCACAUAGGAAUAAAUGCAGAUUAUCGCCUGGGCAGAGGCGUAUUGAUCAAAACAUAUAGGCGUACUUGAACUUUGCAGGGAUAUACUUAUAAGCAUUACAGCAUAAACUGCUUGUACUGAGCUAAUGCUACACACCAGGCUGGCUUCACUUGAAUGUUAAGCUUCAUUGUCAUUUAUCUUAAAACAGCAGUUUGAGUCUUAUGCACCUAUUUCGCUCCGGCGGUGGCUGAGCAUGAUCUCACGCAGCUGAAUGAGGAAGAUAUAGCUAGUGUGAUAUGAUGGUCAGACAGCGUGAGUCGGUUUUUAUAAAUCUUAGGUGGGUGCAGUUUGACCGUGUCCACUAGGCCUGAACCUGUUGGUCAGUUGCAAUCUCUGCAUAUUACCACUUAUUUAAGUUAUGCCUAUCUGGUCAGAAAAUAAAGUGUUCAGCUGGAUUAAUCGGGUAUGUAGAUAAGAUUUGCCGCUGUUCCUUGAUAAGCUAGUGUGGUUGCGAAGGUAUACCGCAGUACCCUGGGUGCAUCAGUUUAGUACUCCACUGAUGGGUGUAAUUCAACUGCGUCUAGUUAGGCCUAAACAUGUGUAACAUAGCAAACUAACAAAAGGCAAAUAGUAGUGCUGUCUAUAACGCAUUUUCAUAGCUGCGUAUUGUUGUUUUAAGCACUCAUAGCAGAUAUGAUAUUUUGGUUAGGCACUGCGGUCGCAGCUAUUGGCGUUGUAUCAGCGCCUAGUAAGUUAUAGAAUAUGUAUGCAAUAAAGAUGGGCACAUAAAAUAUAAAAAUGAUGACAAUAAGGGAGUAAUGAUGAACUUAGAAGAAGCAAAAAAAAUAGAAUAUACCCUUUAAGGUGAAAGAACUAUACACCAACAAGUGGAUAAAACGUAUAGGGUAUUUUACCUAUAUGUAACUCCCACAAUGUAGAUAAGGACUCCUCCCAGUCCUCACAGAAAAUACAAAGAAAGAAAGAAAGAUAUCUACUAAAAGGGGAGAAUGGAACAACUCAUAGAGUAGUAUUGUAAGGACCAAAUAGAAUAUCAGGUUCAAUGUUAAACUCACAUAAAUAAAUCGAUUGUACGAGUGUCUAAAAUAUAAGUUGAUCAGAAUUUCUUCAAACUCCAAACGAGGGCAUGUGGAAAACAAGAAAAUAUAUGCAACAAUAAGUGCAGACUAUAAGAACCAUCCAAUGCGCUAAAUUAGAUAACACUUAUGCACUAAAGAUGGCAUUCAAGCAUAUAAUGAUCUUGAAGAGAGAUUACUUCCAGGAAGGAAAAACUGUUCCUUUAAGUUAGCGGACGUUGAAAAAACUUUUAUUGUUACAAAAGUAAAUAAAAAACUGAAUCCCACAGGGGCCCAACCUAUCCCUAUCCCAGACUAUCCGAGAGUAAGAGAGGGAACCUCGGACUAUCCGAGAGUAAGAGAGGGAACCUCGGACUAUCCGAGAGUAAGAGAGGGAACCUCGGACUAUCCGAGAGUAAGAGAGGGAACCUCGGACUAUCCGAGAGUAAGAGAGGGAACCUCGGACUAUCCGAGAGUAAGAGAGGGAACCUCGGACUAUCCGAGAGUAAGAGAGGGAACCUCGGACUAUCAGAGAGUAAGAGAGGGAACCUCGGACUAUCAGAGAGUAAGAGAGGGAACCUCGGACUAUCAGAGAGUAAGAGCGGGAACCUCGGGCUAUCCGAGAGUAAGAGAGGGAACCUCGGGCUAUCCGAGAGUAAGAGAGGGAACCUCGGGCUAUCCGAGAGUAAGAGAGGGAACCUCGGGCUAUCCGAGAGUAAGAGAGGGAACCUCGGGCUAUCCGAGAGUAAGAGAGGGAACCUCGGGCUAUCCGAGAGUAAGAGAGGGAACCUCGGGCUAUCCGAGAGUAAGAGAGGGAACCUCGGACUAUCCGAGAGAGAGGGAACCUCGGACUAUCCGAGAGUAAGAGGGAACCUCGGACUAUCCGAGAGUAAGAGAGGGAAUCCUGGACCAUCGUGAAAGCAAAUGAAUGAAACCAAGAGAAAUCUAAACAUCCUUUCUCUGACUCCUCAGCUCUCUUCCUGAACUCCUGGAGAAGAAAAGAAUCAUAGACAUGCACACCAACGUAGCCACUGCAGUGUUGGAACAUAUCAAAGUGAGUCAUGUUUAUUAACUGUGAUUUAUAUGGUUUCAUCUGUCUGUCACCAAAGCUAGCAAUUUAUUCAACUGUGAAACCCCACAAUGCAACUGUAUAUGAGUACUUUUGUAAUGACAUUAAAGGAUGUUGUUGAAGCAGGGUAAAAUGUCUCCUUGCCUUGUUCAGGUAAAGCAUUUUUUCGAAUGGACAUGCAAUCUUGUGAACCCCGGGUGGCAGACACCCGUCAUUUUAGGUCCGCAAUGUUAUUUGUUUGAUUACGUUGUAAUUGGAAAGAGCUUGAUGGAUUAUAACCAUUUUAAAAACCCUGAUUUUAGUGAAAUAGUAUUUUAGGUUGAUUUGUUGUUUUUUUGGGAAUGCUAUUAUCAAACCCAUUGAAGGGUUUCUAUGGAAAUUUUUGUUCCAAAUUGGGUAUAUUUGGAGAUUUAAUUUUAUAUUUUUUUUAACAUUUAUUUUGCAGUAAGAAAACAUGAAAAGCAAUAAAACCUAAAAAAGAGCACACACCAAAUAUUUUAUUUGAAAAGCUGCUUGCUUAAACGUAACAGCCAAGUGAUUAUUAAACACAUCUUAAAAUUAUCGUAAUUCUGGAAGGGCACAAUCUGUAACACAGAGGAAGCUUCUAGUAAAAUUGAUGCAUAUAAUGUAGUUUCCAAGUCCUUUCACAGUUUAAAUAUACAGUGGAUCUAUUGAACUAUAUUGUUUUUGGAGUUCUCAUUUACAACAUCUUUAAUGCAGAGUAAUGUGAGUUAGGUAUAAUUACUAAACUGAAUUAAACCUAUUCACUGCAUAUCCUCUUCUGCCACUCUUUAGCGGUGACAAAUGGCAGGAUGUUUUUAUUUGUUUUGUUUUUCUAAAUUCUGAUAGUUAAUUUUUUUUUUAAACUUUGCAAAUAAGAGAGUUAUUGAGUACAAUGUGCACUUGAGCAAUUAAUCAUUACAACAGACAAAUCAUAAAGGGAGCGAGAUGUAUGAGACAACAUAGUAGUCACAGAUUACAAAUAAGUAAUCAUAUUUAAAGGGACAAAAAAGACAAAAUCAUGUUAGCUGAUACUUAAAGCUCUGAGACCUCAUUGACUUUGGUGAUCUCUAAUCAACCGGGCACGAACUGAGUCGUUGAUGUAAAACAUAAUGCUAAUGAUAAGUAAAAAUUUGAGUUGACAUUAUUCGUAAGGAAAAUUAACAAAAGGAAAACAAACAUAUUGAUGUGAAUUAAAAAUGUCCUGCGCUAGGACCAAGAACAUCUGAUUGCAGCUUUGGAAGAGACAAUAUCGAGAUCAUUAGUGUUAAAUAGCAUAUGUUGUCAACCAGUCUUCUGAUCUGUUAGUGUAUCUGCCAGUUUAACAGUGGCAUAGUUCCUCCAUUACCCUUACAUAUUUAACUUUCUGUACCCAUUCCCUUAUCUAGGGUGGAUUUACCCUUUACCAAAAAUAUAGGGAUAAGCUGGUUAGCCACUCUCAAUAAGUGUUUCACUAAGGAAGUUUUACAUUUAUGCAGAGAUUACAUAAAGGGAAUCAACACAGUAAGGAGGAGACUAUAUUUGAAAGAAGAAAAACUGCCACAACAAGGGAACAUAGUCUUAAAUUAGUGGGGCAAUUUAAGUAAUAUCAGGAAGUAUUACUUUACUGAGAGGGUAGUGGAUGCAUGGCAUAGCCUUCCAGCUGAUGUGGUAGAGGUUAACACAGUGAGGGAGUUUAAAGGACUACUAUAGUGCCAGGAAAACAAACUUGUUUUCCAGGCACAAUAGUAUUAAUAGGUUCCCCCCACCCUCAUGGCCCCCAUCCCGCCGGGCUGAAGGGGGAGGAAGGGGUUAAACGCUUACCUUUCUCCAGCGCCGGGCUCCCUCGGCGCUGGGGACUCUCCUCCGGACGUCAUCGGCUGAAUGCGUGGCAAGAGCCACAUGCACUGUCAGUCCAUUGAAAAGCAUUCUCAAUGCUUUUCUAUGGACGUUGGCGUCUUCUCACUGUGAAAAUCACACUAGAGGCUGGAUUAACCCAUAUGUAAACAUAGCAGUUUCUCUGAAACUAUGUUUACAGCAGGCAGGGUUAAACCUAGAUGGACCUGGCACCCAGACCACUUCAUUAAGCUGAAUUGGUCUGGGUGGCUAUAGUGAUCCUUUAAGCAUGCAUGGGAUUUUUAUAUGUGGCAGGCCAUAGUUCUUAAACAUGGACAUUUACCAGGAUUGAAUAUUUUUACUUAUCCCCUGUAUUUAGCCAAUAUGGUUCCCUAUGCCCUGGCUUCCUACCAAUUACUAAAUAAUAUCUACCCAUUUCUGUAACUGAACAUAGUAUGCAGAGGAGGAGAAACAGAAAAACAUGUUUGUUUUUUUACUCCUCUUCCAUUGCAGUGUGUGCCAUGUUUGUGCCAGGAUUUAACUGGAUUUUGAGGUCAGUUGCUAAUUUUUAAAGACAUCACAUGGGAAAACAACACAGGCUAUAGAUGAAUUUCCAUGUUCUUUUUAAUGUUAUUUCCAUAAAAGUGACAAAUGACCUUUACAAAUUAUAAAGCCAGUGGAGCAAAUGAUUUAAAAAAAAAGAUUCUUCCACAUUCUGUGUUCUGAAACCCUGGUUUGGACAUAUAUAUUCCUACUCUCUGCAUCUCAUGUACACAUUACAUUAACUUUGUUCCUGGCAGUAUUUGUGAAUGCCAUUUCCCUUGAUGGUCCCUUUUCCUGAUUAUUCCAUAAGAGAUGUGCCCUUAGUAUAAAUUACUGGAUUUAUGUUUAGCUGGCCUGGCCUAUUUUUCCGUCCUUUUAAGUUCCGUAGUGCUUGAGUGCCUUCUAUAAAUUAGCAUACAGUCGCUGGAAACCGCGGUUUUAAUCUGGUGUAUUACCGCUUUGUUCUUUUCCUGGUUCUUCACAUAAAAUAAUUUUAUUUACAGGCAUGCAUGUUAAAUGUAAGGCUCCAACUCGCUAUUAUCGUUUAUGAGUAGUUAAUUACAUAAUAUUUUGACUUGGGUGCACUUAUACAAACAAUCAUGCUUCUAAAGACACUGCAAAUCGAUGUUAAAUCUGUUUGCAUAUUAGAAACCACAUACAGACUUAUAUACUAUAAACCAUUUUUUUUCAUGUGCCCAGAUGUUUUAAGGAAUCCGCCAUCUGGUCGAAGGCUACGUUAUUUCUGAACGCAUUCUGGUUUUAUUUUUUAGAGUUUACUGCAGCUUUACUUGUUUGUAGAAUCUUAAUAUGUUGUAUUGCUUUCAGUAACCGUUAUGAGAAACUGUAGUGCAGGAAAAUAACUUUAAAGAGUUUGAUAAUACUUCCUCUUAAUUUCGCUCUAUACAAAAGCGCUCGUGGAGAAGUUCAACCAUCUGUGUAAAUGUUAUGGUCAGUGCCUGUUUCAAGGGAUGCUACGGGCACCAACACAACUUUAGCUCAAUGAAGCAGUUUUGGUGAUUGGAUCAUGCCCCUGCAGUCAGUUUUCUGCUAUUUAGGAAUCAAAUCACUUUUGUUUCUGUUUAUACAGCACUAAUCACAUCUCUCCUCCAUGUGACUUGCACAGCCUUCCUAAACACUUCCCGAAAAAUAAUUAUGUUUAAUCUAGAAUUUAUCUCCUGUUCUGUUAAUAGCUUGCUAUUUACUAAGGAGGACCUGAAAACUUCCAAAGCAAGUUAACCUCUGAUUGAAAAUUAAACUUUUGUUUUUCUUCAUGCAGGCUGUCUCUCUCUCACUGGUAGGGGAGGUGUGGUUAGGGCUGCACAGACAGAAACAAGUGAUUUAAAUGGCCCCCAAAAAAGUCACCAAAAUAAAACCAUUCUUGAACGGUUUAACCCCUAAGAUUAAGUUGUUUUGGUGCCUGUAGUGUCCCUUUUUAACUCCUAAGUGGCAGAGAAUUGAGCAGUGAGACUGCAGAGGCAUGAUCUAUACACCCAGACUGAUUCAUUAAGCUAAAGUUGUUGUGAUGCUUAUAGUAUCACUUUAAUAAUUGUAUUGGUCCUGUAAGUUUGCAUUUUGAAAACACUCGGGACACAGCCAUUCAUUUAUUUGAAUGUGUGCAAAUCUUGGUCACUGACCAGGAUUUAAGUGGUUUUGAUUUUGUUAGAACACUGAGAUACCAAUCAAAAUGUGCUUGUUUCAAAUUGAUGAGCGACAGACAACUGUAAUAGCUAAAGAAUAUUUUUUAUUUUUUGGCCCUUUGUUCUUCGCAUAACUUCUCAAUCAGGGCUGUUGAUACAGUCAUUGAGUGGGAAGCAAUUUUGCGUUAGUGGCGUCCACGUCAGAGGUACCAUUAAUUGAGGAGUAGUGUCAAAGGUUUCUUUGUACUGACUUCACAGACCUGCAAGUGCUGUGGAGUCAGAAGCAAGUUUGUGUUACUAGUGUCAGUCGGGGGUACCGUAAUUUGAGGAAUCCUAGUCAAAGGUUUUAUGUUCCCACUCGACAACCAUGUUAGCAAUAAUGAAUUGCCUUGGUUUAUUGUUUUGUUUUUUUAAUUAGUAGUAGUAGUAGUAGUAGUAAGACCGGUUUAACUGCAAUAUCUUUUCUUCGCGUGAUAGUAUGGAGAAAAUUGGCUAAAUUGAGGGUAUAUUUGCGAAGAGAAACAUAGAGACCUGUAGAUGACUUGGCUGAGAAAAUUGAGUAGCUGUUUCAAGAAAAGGCAUUCGAGAAAUGUUUAUGUAGAAAUUAACAUUUCUCAUGGAUUUUGAUAGCCCUUGACUUGUUGAAGGGAGUCCUCUGAUUAAUCUGUUUUCAGCUUCAUAUUAUUAAUUGCACAGAUUAUUGCAAUUAUUGAGUCAUUCGUCUUUUUAGAUAGUUAGAUAGUAUUCUUUUAUCGGGUGAAACACUGUAUUAUUAUGGUGUAUGAUUUGAGAAAUAAUCAUCCGUUAAUGUUCACAGAUUGCAAAUGACCAUGUAUCUACUACGUUUAAGUUGAAUACGUCUCCCUCUGACCGUACCUUUUACAGAAGUGCUUUUUUCCAGAAGUUUAAGUCUUCAUCUGUUGCCCACAAUUUGUGAUCCAAUGUCCCUGCUACUCAAGAUUGUUUUGCACCAUCUUAAGGAAACUGGCCAUUAAUCAGCCCUUCUUGGGUAUACUGGCAGCUCCUUGGCUCAUGUACUGAUUAGGUCAGUACUUGGAAUACCAGUCUGUGUGUCUCUGAACACUCCGACAAGUUAGAUGAUUUCAACAAACAGACCCUGAUUUUUUUAUUUUUUUUUCGUUCACUCACCUUUGGCAGAGCUGUCUGUUUAUCCACGAGAAUCUUCUCCACCAGAAAAACAGAGGAAUCAGCCAGGCCUUGUAUUCAGGAUGGGUUCUACUUUUUAAAAGUAGGUUUAGGUGGCAACGUCCAGGCUAGAAGAUUGAUGCUUCAAAACAUGAAUCUGGAGCUAAUUAAUCUUUCCUUCCCUAAAUAAAAAGGUUUUAGUGUGAGUGUCUCUUAAUUAAAUGCGCAUUGAGAUUCCUACAUUUUAAAUAGACCCGUACCGGUUUACAAAGACAGAAAGGAACUGUGUGAGAAGUACCAGGUGUUAUUUCUUUUCCGUUAUCAGUGGAGACAGACAUGGUCCAGGAGACCGGAGAAAAGCCAGAACUAACAAAACCGAACCUUUAAACAUUUUCAGCCUCAUAGUGUUGUAGAGAAAAUUCUUCACUGGUUAAUAAAACAAUAAUAAAAAAUUUUUUUAAAUUGUGCAUGUUCUUUUUUCAGAUUCCAGACGUUUUGCAGAUUGUUUGCAUUGUCUGAGAUUGGUCCUGCCAGAGUUUAAUCUAAGAUAAAGUCACAAGUAGAACAAUGUCUAUAGUGGCCAUGUACCAUCUCAUUAAUUUAAUUUCACAUAAUAGAUUGUUUUACAAAACCCAAGAGGUUUUGUGCACUUGUAAAAGACUGUCGGUUUUCAAGAUAACUGAGCUUUCAUUUCCAGUAAGUCUAAAAAAACCUUGCUUCUUCUCAUCAUAUGUUGAUCUUGAUGAUUUCAGCCAAGCCAAUGCAUUCCCGUAGAAAAGCAUUGGGAGGCUAUUGCACAUCCGCUGCAUCCAUCAGCAUCUCUUCAUAGAGUCAAUGCAUCUCUAUGGGGAGAGUUCAACGUCCCACGUUGAACGCUGCACACAGUGCAUCGCUGAAAUCGGAAGCACCUCUAGUGGCCGUCUUAGUGAAAUAGGAUUGGGGUAGGGUACAAGGUAGCAUUUACAUUGAAAAGCCUGCAGGGACAGGCGGUAAACACCAGAACCAGUACGUUAGGUUAGGAAUAGUAGUCCUGGUGACCAUAGUGUCCCUUUAAGGAUAUGCUAGUCUUGGUGAUUUGAUGUUUAAUGCAUGUAUAUAGUUUGUUAAAUACAUAUUAUUGCAUUGUAAUAUUUUGUGACGCUUAUAAUGGAUACAAAGUAAAUCAAAUCAUUUUACUCCUUACAAAUACAUCCAGCAUAAUGAGGAGGGUCCUCUUUCAAGAAUAUGCAUAUUCUGUGCCCCCUCUGGCAGAAAAAAAGCAUUAAAGAUAUCUAAUCCUAUUUGCUCUGUUUUAGAUGUAUGCAACUGAAGUUACUAAUUGUAUUUGGAAGACCAGAAGACCAGAAAUCAUGUGUUAGUUAUUAAAGCUUCUGCUUUCCUGUGUUCAGUGCUGCUUUGUUUUUCUUUGUUACGAAGAUUAUUAUUCUGUUUCUAUUAAAUGCUCUGUUAAGUGUUCCCAGCCAGACUCCCAUCUGCAUGCACGAAACCGGAACACAAAAAGAGGGGAUCCUGGCCACUUGUCAGUGCUUAAUGAGCACCAUUUAUGGCCGAUUAGCUGAAAGCAAGGAAGCUUGGAAUCUUUUAAUAUUCUUUAGCCUUUCACGCCAUGUCUUCUUUGGAUUUCGUUAGAUUGUGAGCCUGGCUGGUUCCAAGCAAGGUUGCAUGAUAUCGUUUGUGGCCAGCAUUGCUGUAAUGUAGUCUGAUUCUCUAAUGUCCAUAAGUUUCUCUCUGCACUAUUGGAAAUGUUCUAUCACUUGUAUGUCUGGAUUGGUUCUUGACAUUCUUAUGGUGUUGUCUAGAUCAGUGGUUCUCAACCAAGUCCUCAUUCGCUUAGAAUCCCCAUUGAGAUAGAACUGGGAAUUUCUUGAAUCCUGCAAUGUUGGCGCUCCUUGAGAACCAGAGAUGCCCAAUCUUGCCCUUCGGGCUAAUUUGCACUUUAAUUUGCAGAAUUUCUCACCAGCCAACAGCAGGGGGUCAUAUCUGUCCUAUUCUACCUACUCACUCCCUUGUAUCACUACUAAAGUUUUUUUUAUUUUUAUUAUUGUAAUUCCAAGUCACUACUUAAAAAACACUUAAAAAGUAUCAGGUUUCAUUUUUGUAAUAUUUUAACUACGCUUGUCUCUGCUACGUCUCCUGCGAGACCAUUCCAGAUAACCAACUCCAUUUCUGUAAAACAUCUGCUCCUCAUUAGUUGUGAUCACCUUUGACACUCUAGCUUCUGUAGAAUAGGUUUCUCAUAAUUCUCAGCAAUGGGUUACGGAAAAGACAUAGAAGCACAGACAUUUAGAUGGCUGAACAGGCUCAUUGAACCCAUCUUUUUUAUUUUGACCUUUUUUAAUUAUUAAAGAUUUACUCAUCAUAAUCACUGCAGUCCGCUGUAAUGAUGCCAGGAGUACCGUAGCCCAGUUCCCCAGUGAUGGUGCUAACUAUUUAGCUAGAACAGUUUGGCUAGAAGCAGUGGCAAUCGCCAUGUAUUUAUCUGAGAGCAUCAGCAAACUGCUUUCGGUCAAGGACUGUCCUUCUGUGCAACGAGAUGACAACUGUUACACCUAGAGCAGCAAAGGGGUUAAACUGUGUAUGUGCAGAGUUUAAAAGCAAAGCCCUCACAUGCAGACUCCAGGCACUGAAGUGUUCAUAGUGAUUGAAGUAAAUCUUUUAAAUAUGAAAUCCAAGGCAAAAAUCAUUGUAAUAUGGUUACAUAUAACGGUUCUAAAUUUAUUUAUUUUCCUUUACUAAAUAGAUGAUUUUUAAAAAAACAAAAAAAAAGGGUUUUCAUAGACUUUGUAAGUGUUUUCAUGUGCUUUAAAUCAGUAGAUUUUUUAUUUUUUUUUAACCCCUGCUCCAAUUUCAGUAGUUCUCUAUUGGUUGGGACAGGCUCGUAUUUGCCAGGAUUAGUUUGGGGUCCUCAACUCUCCAAGAAGGCAUGGCUUCCUCUAUGAUGGUCUAACCCAAUGCUCCUCAUGUAGUGGUUAUGGUGCCAGUAGUUACUUUGUCACGGCUUGCUUGGGGUCUGCUGGGUGCUAUGGCCAUAUAGUGGAACUAAACCCCUGUAUUUGGUAGUGUUGUAAAAUUGAAAAAUGUAUUUUUGUAUGUAUUACUUAAUCUGUGUUUUGUAUGAAUUUUGGUCUUCACCACUUAUGAGAAAUGCAUGUACAGAGUGCACCCCAAUUCCCUUUUUUCGGAGUUAGGCAUUUAGUUCUGAAAGUGACUAAAGUAUCCAACUAAAAAUUUUGAUUUGAUAGAUAAUAGAUAAGCCCUUCAAAUUCAAUGUUUUCUAUGUUUGCCAUUUAAUAUUUUAUUGAGAAAAAAAAAUACAGAAUCAGUACAGAAAUAAGCAGAGAUUCAAAUACAGCAUCUAAAAAUGUCUUUACUAUAUCUUAGUAAAGUAUAGCAAAGAACAAUUUGUAUUGUUAAAUCACUAUUAUUAUAGUUUACACAAUAUAGUGUAUGGGUAAUUUUUCCUGAUAGAGUUCCCAUAACUGGGAGAAGUAAAAGACCCUAGUAAUGAGGUAUUCAAUCUGAUGUUGCUUGACCAUAGAAUUUAUUUUGCAUUUUUAGGGUAUCGUUAUCCACAAAGAUUAUUUGCAAAGGGGCAAGGUUACAGAAAAGGGUGGUGGAGGGGGGGUGGAUAAGCAUCUUAAAUUAGUGUGUCAAAAACCGAAAGAAGAGUCGGAAAAAGGAAUAGGGAAGAAAUGGAAAAGAAGAAGCAUAAAGCAUUCAAAGACUUGCCUUAUGGAUCCAUAGUCCCUUGAAUACUAUGUCAUCCAAAAACUGUGUAUUCGUAUUAGUGCACCUACAUUCCUGUGCUUUAUGUUAUGUAGUUUAUUUUUGCAUUGCCAUAAGAGAAUCUUUUAGUAUUUUUAUCGUUAGUACAAUUAAAUCGGAAAUCAUUUUCAUCUCCGCUUUCUGCAUUCUAGACUCGAAAGUUGGAUGUCUACUUUGAGUAUGAAGAAAAACUGAUGAGCAAGUCAACUUUGGACAAGUCUCUCCUGGAUAUCAUCUCGGACCCUGACGGUGAGUUUUGACCUUUUUGGAACCCUGCUGGGGAUUUAGUGGUUAACCUGCCAUGAAAUGCCAGUGGGUGUUACAGACAGCUGGUUUGUUUUUGUUCCUAAUCCUCACCCUGCCCUUCAGGUCUUAACUUUGAAUUGAGCACACUCGACACCUCAUUGAUUUUCAAAUGUCUCCGGCCUCACAGCAUGCCUUAAAGAAGCCGUUGGCAGAGAGUAUACCACACAUCUCUGUACAUGGCACAGACCCACAAAUCUGACUGCAGAUACUCUGUGCCAACAUUUCAUUACAUAUGCAAUGGAUUUUUAACACUGAGACUAUAUUCUCUAACCUAAUGAAGAGUCAGUGGACAGGUUGUUUGAACUAUAAAAUAACCCCUUAAUCACUGGUAAUUUUUUCUACCAAAGGACAAAAGCAAUAUGUAAAUAUCUAGCCCAGCUCAGAGAUGUGCACUCAAGGCCAAUUGCCAAUCUUGGUGGUACUUUAGACCAGUGCUAGUUGCUUUCUUGGGGCAUCUUGUUCCUCAGCACCUAUUACUCAAGCUACUAAAUUUGUAUUUCUUGUGCUUUGAAACGCUCCUACUUGUUGAUGCUAGUAGGUAUUGGAAUAGUCCCAGCUAAUGCUUCAGAAAAACCACACAUCUCUUUUCCAAAGGAUCAUCAACACUUACAAACAUAUCAUCCCCAUUUUUGCAAGCCAGCCUGCUCAUGUCCUCUGCUAGAGUUACUCACAGUUCUCCAAAUAUUUUCUAAGAGGUCUUUCUCAGUACGGUGUAAUAAUCAUGCUUCUGAGCAGCCUAUCAAUGGCACCUUGUAGUUUCAAGGCGCUAGGGGGAUCUUGGAGUGUUGGGCAUAUGAUGUGCACUGUUCCCUGUUUUAUAUAGAGCAUCUAAAGUGCAUAGGGGAUGUCUACAAAAUCCCUGUAUAAGACUGGCAAUACAAGGUUUUGCAUUUCUUUGAAACUUCCAGUAUUAUUUUAUUAGAUAUUUAUCGGCCUCCCAGGCAUCCUCAGUUAUCUUAUAGAGAGUCUUCUAAUUUGUACGAAUACUUUCUGUUGACAGCUAAUUUCUCUAACUUGAAACCUCCAUAGCCCCACUAAUUAUUGUACACUGAAAGCAACAAUUCAUAUUGAGUGCCUUGCUUUCUUAUAAAUGAUUUUCAUUACGAGCAUUGACUCUUCAAGCGAGUUCUGCAUAUGAAAUGCUCAUCGCAGUUUACUGUCACUGUCGACAUCAAUUUGUUAGGACCGUUUAUUUAUUGUGACUCCUCGCGAGUGAGCCUUAUUAAUGAAUUGCACAUGGUCUCUGUUGAAAGCCGUAAUAGAACACUUACUUACAGUUCCAUGUUGCCAAUUGUGUGGCUGUGUUUAUUCCAUAACCCAACACUUUGAAUAUUCGGAAGUAAAAAAUCCAUGAAGCAUACAGAGUUGGGAGCCAGAUCAUGUAAUUUUCAGAGUCUAAAUCUGCCAAGCCCAUGGCAAGACACAUACCUAUUAUCACCCAGAGGUCAAAAGACAUUUGAACUAAUCAAAACCAUUUGCUUUGUUAGAAUAUUGUGACUUUAGGCUGCUUUUCUAUAUUUACAUGAACAGGAAGUAGUGUGAUUUUCUUUUCAAAAUACAGCAGAGACACUGGGACAGGAUGCUUUGUUGGGAUGACUGAAUUUAUUCAGCAUGUGUGUCUGUUUAGGUGAUCAUUACCAUAUUAUGGUGCCAGCAGCAAUGAAGUAUUGUGUUGGUGCUGUCUUUCUCGUGCCAUAUCUUAAAGUAUUUAAAUUAAUUUUACCCCUUCUUGCCUGGGUACAUGAACAUCUGCCAAGUGGUACCACGCCAGCUACUUAAUUAUUACUUUUUUUUUUUUUUUUUUUUAAACAAUAACUGUAUUCUCUUAUAGUUUUGGCGUUUGGAAACAAAAUAGUGAACCUCACUUCCUUGAGAACCUUCCACAGCCUUGACUUCUUUGAAUCUAUUCUGUCCAGGGGCUCAUCGUACCUAUCUCUGCACUCUUUCACUUUCAUUGUCUUUCCUUAUCACCGCUUGCCUCUUACUUGUCACAGUUAGUAGAACCAAAAGUAAAUGCCAACGAGUUUAUAUUUCUACAACGGAAUCAGAGCAAAAUCUAUAAAUUCCUCCGUACACACAAAAAUUAUUAGGAUUCACAAUCAAAAUGAUAAUCCAUGGUGGGGAAUAGAUCCAACCCCAUCAUCCAAGUACCAAAAGGGAAAAGGAGAAAUCUUGGUACUGGUAAUGCCAAAUAAAGCUGUAACUAAAAUCACUAUUUGGUUUGAAAAUCCGUAACGCUCACCACUUUUGUUUUGAAGGAGUGAAAUAUGCUAGAGGAGCAAUAGCUGGCAUACAGGAGACGGUUUUAGGAAUAAUAAUAAUAAUUUGCGGUUUCUGAUGGUCGGAUGAGCAGAUUGAAUUCCUAUUGGAAGAGGCGGGUCUUUCGGUUUUUUUUUAUUAUUUUUAACGUAUGUAAGAACGAUGCCUCUUUGAUUGUGCACGAUAAAGAGUUCCAGAAGGUUGGGGCAGAGUGGCUGAAUGCCCUGGAACCUGACUCUGUCUUUAUUCUUGACACUGACAGGAGGGUUUUGCUGGCUGACCGAAGUGAGUGGAAUGGAAUGUAGGGUGUCAGGAGCUCUUUCAGGUACUGUGGGCCUUGAUUGUUUAAGGCUUUAAAGUUUAGCAGGCCAAUUUUAAAAUAUGUUCGCCAUUUAAUUGGAAGCCAAUGCAGGGAGUGGAGAACAGGUGUUAUGUGGCAGGAGCGAGAUUGAUUGGUCAGUAGUCUAGCCGCUGCAUUUUGUACAGUCUGAAAGCGAUGGAGUUCUUUUUCUGGGAAGCCCAAGUAAAGUACAUUGCAGUAAUCUAGCCGAGAGGAUACAAAUGCAUGGAUUAAUGUUGGCAUGUCAUCCAGUGGAAUUAAGUGUUGUAUCCUGGCUAUGUUUUUCAGAUAAAAGUAGGCAGAUUUUAUUACGGAAGAAAUCUGCUGUUUAAAUGAUAGUCCAGAGUCAAUCAGCACUCCAAGGUUUCGUACCUUUGAUGAACUGAUGAGUUCAGAUCCUCCAAGCUCCACGUCAGUUAGGUGAUCAUGGGAUAUUUUUGUUGCCUGGCGUCCCCUCACCAAGAGUAACUGUUUUGUCCAAGUUCACUUUAAGCCAACUAGCAAUUAUCCAUUCUACAAGGUCUGCUAAGCAACUAUUAAUGCAGCAUUUCGGGUCUGUGGUAUCUGGAGCAAAGGAAAAGUAGAGUUGUGUGUCAUCAGCGUAACAAUGAUACCUUAGGGCAUGUAGCCUAAUGAUGUCCCCAGUGGUAGCAAGUAAAUUGCAAAAAGCAUGGGAGACAAGGUGGAUCCUUGUGGAACUCCGCAGAACAGUUCUGUUGGUGCGAUGAGCUUGAUCCUGAUGUUACUCUCGGUGAUCUACCAGUAAGGAAAGAUUUAAACCAGAUAAGGACUGUGCCUCCUAGACUACAGAUGUGCUGCAAGCGCAUUAUUAAAACCCUGUGGUCAAUGGUGUCAAAUGCAAUUGAGAGAUCCAAGAGGAUUAGGAUGGAGUAAUCACCUUUGUCUCUCGCCAUAAGGAGAUCAUUUAGCACUCGGACUAGCGCUGUUUACGUGCUGUGGCGGCAUCUGACACCUGACUGGAAAGGAUCAAAGAUGUUGAAGCUUGAUAGAUGGGCCUCCAGUUGAGUUGCCACUACUUUUUCAAUUAUUUUCCCCAGAAAUGGAAGGUUGGAUAUUGGUCUGUAAUUAGCCAUGCAGUCUGGGUCCAAUAAAGAUUUCAUUAGGAAUGGUUUUACCACAGCUUCUUUUAGAGGAUCUGGGAAGUCUCCAGUUUUUAGUGAACACUGCACUAUUUUUGUGAGUGCUGGGGCAAGUGUUUCAAUGCAUGCAGAUGUAAGCAGAGUUGGAGUUGGGUCUAAGCCACAAGUAGUAGGGUGUAACUUUUGCAUGGUUCUUUUAACUCCCUUUAUAGCCACAUUUGUAAAGGUGGACCAUAAACUGGGGCAAUCUGGCAUUCCAUUAUCGUGGAUCUGGUGUGUAACUGUCUAGCCUGCUGUGAUAGAGGCUCGGAUUGAGGAAAUCUUGUCUCUGAAGAAGAUCGCAAAUGCUUCACACUUAUCCUGAGAAAUUUUGGUGGGGAUAUGCAUGCUGGUUUGCAGAGCCUUUCUACUGUGAGAAACCGUUGCCUGGGUCUAUUGUGGGAGAAUGCAAUUUCAUGUCAUAAAAAUAAAGAUUUAUUUUUUUUUUUUUAUCUGGAAUUGAUAUUCAUUUAGAUGUUUGGUAAGAGCGGCUUUAUCCUCUGGAUCAUGUCCUGCGCCACUUUCUUUCGAAUUUACGGCCUGUUCUCUUCAUUUCUCCAAUGGUGCUAUCAAACCACGGUGCAUUAUUGUGGGUUUUGACAGUAUGUAUGCGUGUUGGUGCAAUGCAUUCUAGGGUGUCUCUCAUGGUUUUGUUGUAGAAAAUAGACAUAAGAGAAUGCCUAAUAAUUCUCAAAAAAAUAAAAUCACAUCUAGCUGUGUAGUACAAUUACCAUCUUUUCACAUCUUCCUAAAGCAGAGUGCUAGUGAAAACGCAAAACACAUCUAAAAUGUAAUACAUGCCAUCUACACCCCAAUGCACCCCCAAAUUUUUCUAUAACAUUGCAUACCAAAGUAAAAUAACUAGGAAAAAAUAGCCGCCUCUUAUAUAAAAUGUAACUUUUAAUCAUGCAGCUUUAAAAAUAAAAAUCAAGUAAUGUGUAUAUCAACAAACCUUGUAUUAACCUCAUUUUACUACCUAUACUCUGAUACUUUGUUACCAACCCUUUAGUCUUGUUACUUUCGUAUCUGAUUUUUGCCUGAUAUAAUAAAUUAUGGUCUUUUUAAUUGUUUCAACGAGACUUUUACCCUGAUAACAUAAACCCCCUGCCCACAUAUAUAUCUUUUUCACUUUACGUACCGUGACUAAGGAUACUCACUUUAAACCUAUUGACAUUUAUAUAUUCUAAACAAAGAGAACGUUACCUGCACUCUGGCCCUCUAUCAGUUAGGCAUUUAUCAGGGCACCAGGGAACACGGGUGUGCUGUGAGGCUGGUGAAAGCGAUCGCCUCAUGCCACAGCUGUUAGACCAUCAAUGCCCUGGUAAAAAAAACAAAAAAAAAACAAGCUUGGGCUGUUUAGGAUGACAGAGUAAAGUGACAUAUUAAUAUAUAUUCAUUUUAAUUUUUAUUUUUUUUAGCACACCUUUAUAUCAUUUAAAAAAAAGUUUUUUUUUUUUUUCUUUCUAAAACAUCAGUCCGCUUUAGCCUGAAACCUCUCUUAAACUAAAUUCUGUCCGAUAAAUAUGGAAUUGCAGUUUAAUGUUAUUACUUUUAAUGAGGAAAAUGCAACCAUGUAAUUCCCCCUUAAAUACUAUUUAUUUCAGUCCUGAUUCGGUUUUUGCUUGGAUUUUACAAAGCUAUAAAGCAUCUUUCACCCUCUCUCCUAAUUACUUAGCUCUGUUACAUGGCUUCGUAUCAGAGGAGUGAGUUAAACUUUAUUAGGUGAGAGAGAUUAUCACUUUAGUUGUGACUCAAAGCCAGCAGUGUUUGAAUGUAGUGUAAGCGAUUUAAGCUUCCAGACAACAUCAUUCGGUGGUUGUUACGAUCACUGCAGAAUUACAUGGACAGAUUUACAGAACAUACAAUUAGUUGAGUUUUAGCAGUAAUAUAUUGCUCCCUGGUACAAUGCUGUUGUAGGUCUGUCGCUUAGAAUUUUUCCACGUUGAAGGAUUCCAACUUCGUCUUAUUCCAUUCACGCACUUUAAACGUUACAAGGCAUGUCAAACUCGGCCUAGGGCUUCUACUUUAAUAAAUUUAAAACAUGUAAAGAUAUUUUGGUCCUGCUCCUUGUAAUUUUUUAUUUUUAACAAAUCUUUUUAUUUUGUUUUUAAACAUAAUACAGAAGUCCGUAUUAGAAAGCUCAUGUACAUAUGUGAGUUCCACCAUCCUAAGACUUCUGCGUACGUUGUUUUUAGUACACAUUGAAUAGUCGGCAUUGGGCGCUCUACAAGACAUACAGUAUACAAUAGUCAUUUUACAUAGUCAGUAUACAUAGUCAUGAACUAUAUGAAGCAUGGUGACUUUAAGUUUAGCCCCUUAAGGACACAUGACGUGUGACAUGUCAUGAUUUCCUUUUAUUCCAGAAGUUUAGUCGUUAAGGGGUUAAACAUAAAUCCUGCUUGCUUAGUGAAUGAACUAGCAAUAUAAAGAAUGUAAAUAGUAAUAUAUAUAUAUAUAUAUAUAUAUAUAUAUAUAUAUAUAUAUAUAUAUAUUGAAUAAAUGAGAGCACUCAAUGGAUUUUGUUCAAUCAAAUUUGUGUUGUGGUGAAGAGAUCAACGUUUAUUUAGAUAUGCAUAACAGUCAGUGCAGAGUUUAUAUAGGGGUUAAGAUAUAAUAAGGUGAUGACUUACCCAGUGCUGGUGUUACCGCGGUGUUCAGACGCCGUGGAGUGAAGUGGGAGUGACUGCACGAGCGAGCGUACCUGCAUGUGAUGACGUGAUCAAAAUUACGUGGUGGGACCGUGAUGAUCGCGUCCCGUUACCAUGGUGACGCUCAGGAGACAAAGUGUGCAAUAAGUGUACAGGGUGCUCCUGUGUGAAAGCUGAUAAAACAAGAUAGGAGGAAAUAGAUGAUACAAAAUGAUCAAGAUGAUCGAAAUGCUGGAUUUUAAACUGUAAAAUGUGUAAAACCGAAAUAGUAGAGCACAGAGAGGAUUAAAACAAAAAAUGUGAACAGAAGUGAUGGGAAAACAAUUGUGAAUAAGAGAAAAGAAAUAGAAAUACAGAGUGAAAGAUGUGUAAAGCAAAAAAAAAAUAUAUACGGAGCAAAAAGAAGGAAAAAUGUGUAGACCUUAAUAAUAGAAAACAGAUAAAAAGACAAGUAUAAAAAGGAGACCAUGUAGGUCUGGAAGACCAGACUAGAGAAACUAGAAAGUUAGUGAAAUGAUGUGAGAAAAUACAAUCAAUGCCAAGUGAACACUGCAAAGUGUAGUAAAACCGAUAGAAAUAGAAAGAGUGACAUAAAAGAUGACAAAGGCUCUUACAUCUAGAUAACAUAUAACAUAACAAAAUGUCAUAGCAGAGACAAUCAUUGGUCUAUGUAUGAUAAAAAGUAUAUAGUGAACAAAAUAUAUACUGUAUGAAUAUAAUGAUUAUGGACAUUUAAUAUUAACCAAAAUAAGUAUAAUCCUAUGCCAACUGGACAGCAAGAAAAAAAACGUUCAAACAAGUAUGUACCUAUAUAAUAAAUUGAGAAAACGUGUUUCUAUUUCUCAAUAGAGGUCAUAUCCAUUUCUGGAUUAACCCAUGGUGCGUACAUGUCUGCAAAAAAAAGUCUGUCUCUCUGUCUCUAUCCAACGCUAGCACUCUUAUCUGUAUGCCCCUCUCUCUCUCUCUCUCUUUCUAUGUUUUUAUUAUUGGCAUUUAUAAAGCACCAUCAUAUUCCGCAGCACUUUACAGUAAAAGAAUAGUGAUAUUUUACAAGUAAUUGACAUAGGAAAUAUUAACAAAGACCCGAUGACGAAAGUCCUGUGAUCUAUCGCUACUAUCUCCUGCUCUACCCUCUAAUCUAUCACUAUAUUUUAAAUGCAUAUAAAACCAGUAGAAACAUAUUUCUUAUUCUGCAGAGGUUACUUCUUAAAAUCGAUCUUUCUCCCUACCUAAUGUAGGAGAUUAGGAUAGGAAGUGUUAAAAGUGUCUUGAUUUCUGGCUAUUGCAUAAACCUCCAUAAAAAUCACUCUUCUCUUUUAUUAAGCACAGUUUUUGUUUUGCUUUGUUUUGUUUUUUUUUACCCUAUUUCCUAUUAUUAUCCUACAAAUGGUACACUAUUUUGCGAGUUCGUCCCUGAUAAGUUGCGUUACGUACAAUAUGUACCUUGUUAGUAUCCCAUCCUGCAGUCCUCUCUCAGGAACUGCUAGCAAUAAAAGUGCUUUUACCCUCCAAAAAUAACAUAUUGGCAGACUGCUGUGUUAAAUGGUUAUCCAGUCCCCGACACCAAGUGAUUGAAUUACACCGUGUUUAUACAUUUAUCUUUUGAAGCUGCAUGCCCAGCUCCAGCGUCAUUUAUUAUUCUCUUAUUUGUGGUCAUGCAUCAAAUGUCUUAUUUUAUGACAUGUCAUGUGUUUGUAUAUCUCCUGCUGUUUGUUUGUAGCUGGGACUCCUGAAGACAAGAUGCGGUUGUUUCUCAUCUAUUACAUCACGUCUGCGCAGGCACCAUCUGAGGUACUGUGGAUUGGUAUCGUGUAUGAAAAUAGCCUGAAAAAAAAAAAAAAAUUAUAUAUAUAUAUAUAUAUAUAUAUAUAUAUAUAUAUAUAUAUAUAUAUAUAUAUAUAUAUAUAUAUAUAUAUAUAUAUAUAUAUAUAUAUAUAUAUGUAUAUAUAUAUAUGUAUGUAUAUAUUCUUUUAUUUCCCUUCCUCCUUCUAAAAUGUAUUAAUUCCCCAUUGCCCUCCCGGAAUAUUUCCCCUUAAACACAUGUCACCGUGGAGCAUAGCUGUAGGUAACGCAAGCAACACACAUGUCUAUUUAAUGAUUAAAGUGUAUCCUUUAUGGUCUUUCUUCUUCAAACUAUUUUUAGACAUUACAAACUUUAUCAUAGACUAAUUUAAAUUUUAGCAGGAUACGCUUCCUCUGGUGUUUUUAUUUGAACCAACCUCCUCCCAUGUUCUGUGUUCAUUAUUCAUAUUCUUGCCAGGGCAGCUGGAUAUGUAGGCAGUGGAUUAAUUGGCACGGAAAGCCUAAUUUUUAUAUUAAAUGGGUUAUGUUACAUUGUAUACUAUUAAUAUAACCUAUACAUUAUGUUAAUUUUUAAAAAGAGAAUUUUUCAUUUGAUCUCAUUUUCUUUUAAAUAAUUAUGAAAGAUUUUAGCAGUUGACAUCACAAUCCAGUUCAGACGUAACCAAGUGUCAAAUGUUAACUAACCCAACAUGCUGGCAAAGGGGUCACAAGUACCCUUCACUAUAAUAGAAUGUAUUAACAGACCUUAGAGCGCCCGGGGGUUAAAGCAAGAAAUCACUACAUUAGCGUUAUUUUAAAUCUGAUUAAUCACUGGCAUUGAUUGGAGUUAGAAAACCUACAACAUGCUUCUUGCAGAAUAUGGUUCAGUUCUUCACACAGACUGUUUAGCCUUUGUUUCUGCGGCCAAUGUAACAUUGUCUUGUGUGAAUUUCUAGUUCGGUCUGCUCCGUAUCUUCAAAACGGGCUGACCAAUUUCAAAUGUUUGUUUGAACUGAAAAAUGCUCUUUGUGCACCAGGGUAGUAAUAUACAUAUCUCCCCUCUCCUUUCUACUUUAGAGCAAAUUUCAUGAGUUCAUUCCCAGGAGAGGGAUCCUUUUUUCCCCCCUCUUACUCAGAUAUGAGCUAUGUUGUAUCAGAAGCAGCUCUGCGGCUUCCUGUCUGGCAUAGCCAUGAAUGCAAUGUGUCAAAAACACAGUGUCUGGAAUUCAGAGGCCGUACUAUGUCUUCGCAGGAGCUGGGGAGAGGCACUGUUUCAUAGGGAAUUAUUUUUAUUUUGCAUAAUGUCUGUUCCCAUAUAAAAUAAGCCUCCAACAGGAACGAAAAACUCGGUUUCUCUACAAAUCGUUUCCCCUUAAAGUCAAAGUAUAACUAACACGUAUAUGUAAUAUUCCACUCAGUGGUAAGAAUCAUUAUUUUACCCCUAUUACAUAUAAUGUGUUGCAUAUACCUUUUAAAAAAGUAAAAAUAAAAAAGAUACUUGCCUUAAAAGUUCCCAAACAAAUCGCCUUUUAAUUAGUGUGCAUGCAGGUGCAAGCAGAUCACUUCAAAAACCAGGAUAAGACCGCCAAUCAGAAAUGCCUCAUUCUGAUUUAUAUGGCCUCUCCCUCCCCUUAGUAUAUAACAGGAUACUACAGCCAUAUACAUGCACUCUGGGUCAGACAGUGUUUGAAAGCCGACAGUAAGUCUCUAUGGUCACCACAACAACUUUAGCUUAAUAAAGCAGUUUUGGUGUAUAGAUCAUGUCUCUGUAGUCUCACUGCUCAAUUGUCUCCAUUUAGUAGUUAAAUCACUUUGUUUUUGCAGCCGUAGCCAAACCUCCCUGCAUGUGACUUACACAGCCUUCCUAAACACUUCCUGUAAAGUCAUCUAAUGUUUACACUUCCUUUAUUGCAAAUUCUUUUUAAUGUAUAAUUUCUUAUCUCAUGCUCUGUUAAUAGUUUGCUAGACCCUGCAGGAGUCUCCUGUAUGUAAUUGAAGUUCAAUUUACAGAGCAAGAGAUAAAAAAAAAAAAAAAAAACUUUCAAAGCAAGUUUCAUCCUGUUGAAAAUGAAGCCAUCUUGUUUUUAGUCACAGCCAGAGGAAGUGUUGCUAGGGCUGCAUAGACCGAAACAAACCUUAUUUAACUCCUAAAUGGCAGAGAAUUGAGCAGUGAAACUUCCGAGGCAUGAUCAAUACACUAAACUGCUUCAUUAAGCUAAAGUUGUUUUGGUGACUAUAGUGUUGCUUUCAAAAAAAAAACAAAAAAAACUUUUGAGGCGACAGUUAUCCUUUAGGUUCUUGUCACUGUCCUGUACGUAGUCCGCCACUGUCCAAGCGCAUCUCAAGUUGAGGGAUGUAUCCAGAUGAUGCACGCAAAACUUGGACAAAAUGUAUUUAUACAGUCUGGAGUUGUUGUUCUCGGCUGUUUUAAUAGACCUCUCUGAUAGGCUGACUGCAGUUUUUACAAUCUGUGCACCAUCAGUUUUGCAGUAUUACCAAGUAGUAACAGUGUUUUGAAUAAAGUGGUUUUAACUGGCGUGAGUUACUGAUUUGUUUUUACUAAUUAUGCUGAUCGAACUUUUCACUAAUAUUUAUCGAUGGCUUAUGCUGAAAUGCCUCUUUAUGUCUUUCUAGACUGAUCUGGAGCAAUACAAGAAGGCCCUUGAAGAUGCAGGCUGCAAUCUGGCACCUUUAAACUAUAUCAAACAGUGGAAGUACGUCAGUGGUUCCUGCACUGCAACACUUGUUGAAAACCUUUGCUAUAAGUGGUAGAAUUAUGUAUUAAUAUGUGUUAAAGUAACAUCAUUGUCGAAUUUUUUGAACAGGGCUUUUGCGAAGAUGGCGUCUGCUCCUGCAAGCUAUGGAAUUGGAGCCACAAAGUCCAAAGGGUAAGCGAAUCGCUGAGGGUUUGCUGAGAUAUCAUUUAAACAUAUCGGCAUGGUUGUAUAUAAACGUAAUGUUCCAGAGUUUACUGAUGCAAGAUACGCAUCUGUUUAGUAGUUUGUUAGUCUGAGAUCCUUUGGCGCUCACAACUGGAAAAUAACAAUGUUUUUGCAUUGCAAAACUAGCUUAUCUGUUUAAGAGAUAUUUGGAAGUACUGUAGAAUGCUACCUAUUGGUUAUACAAGACAAGUUUUUUAUAAAUUAAAAUGAUUCCAGCAUGUGAGUUAAACAUCUUGUUUGAACUCAAUAUACUCAGCUCUUCACCUGUUUGUGACCUGACUGUUUGCAAUAUUGAGUUUCAAACCUUUUCUUGAUAUAAAGUCAUUAGCAUUCCAUUAGCAAAAAAAAAGACAAAGUCCCCCCUGUACCCUUAACUAGGAAGGUUUGUCUACUGCCAGACCUGCCACCAAGUAAUGUCACUCAUUAAAAAUAGGUCUUGUUACAGUUCACUGUUUGCGCAGCUAUCACGAUCCUGCUUCUUGGUGGCAAGACCAAGGAUUUGGCAAUGCAUCUGCAUCUCUUUAACCAAUAUUUCUUUUGUGUGUUUCCAGUCUGCUCUCCAGAGUCAUGAAUACAGGGUCACAGUUCGUCAUGGAGGGCGUAAAAAAUCUCGUCUUAAAGCAGCAGGUAAACAUUCUCUGGUAGGAGGAGCUUCUCAGAACGUAUCAGUUCACCUUAUCUACCCUGCCAACUACCCACCUGAUACCACCAACGGGUACUAGCAGUGUAGUGAGGUUUCUCAUCUUUACUUCAUACUUUUUAUGCCAUAUAUAGAGUUGUUUAUUAUUAAAAUCUCCAUGACACUCGCCAUUCCCAGCGAGGCCUGGUCCUGUAAAGCAGUGAGAAUUGUAUGCUCUGCAAAGUUACACUGCUGUGAGAAAAAUCUAUUAACCUGCUCGGUGUCUUAGUUUGCAUUGUGCUGCGAGGUGACAGAAAAGGUUAAGCUAGUCAUCUUUUUCCUUCCACCCAGUUCCCCCAUCCUGUUUGCUUUGGCUGCUCAAAACAAGAAGCUUUGUGAAUGUGUUUGGACAUUUGAUACUUGUUCUGGGCACACAGAAUGCUGUCACCUCUCCCGCUGAGCUAAUCUAUAAUAAAUGUGUGCACUCUUAAUAUGUCAGCUGUCAGGUGUGCGUGCAUAUGUAUGUGCAUUUAUUAUACGCCUGUAUUUAUUUUUACUUAUAGAAUAUAUAGUAGCAUUUUCAAGUCUUUCCAAAGAUGAUUUUAUCUAAAAAUCAGACACUGGGCAUACAACUCCAACAAGAAGUAUUUUAACUGCUUAAGGGGCAAUGGCAUUCAUUAACAUCAACAGAAUCUGGUCUGUGAAGGAUUUUAGUUGGAGAAUGUCUGCUUAUUUAGCACAAGCAACUCUCUGCAACCUUUUAUUAACUGAGCGAGCCGUUUCUUAUUGGAAUAUGAUACUUACAAACCGAUGGUGGUAUAUGCCACCAUAACAAAAUGCUUUAUGGGUUAAAGAAUACUUAGAAAGACAAAUAAUGAAUAUAUACCCAGUGGUUAAGAGGAAUGAAUUGGGGAAGGUGGCGAAGCUGUAGACAAGAUAUAAUCCAAAUGUCCAGAUUACAGAAGGAAAGGAUUUAAGGGUGGUGAGAAGAGAAAUUAGAACAUUUAAAGGGACUCCACUACAAAUAAACGUAUGUACAACAAUGAAGGUAAAAACCAAAACACAAUGCGUAUUCAAUGCAAGGCGAGCGUCUGGGCAUAAUUAUACAUAUUAAGGGAUUUGAAAGAAGUAGUAACGUAACAGAGGGUUAUUGAGUCUAUAUACUACUACAUACACAGUUAGGUUUUGGGGUAAAUCUGUGCUUACAAUAUAGAACUGUCAUAUCUAUCUUUGUGUGGGGGCAUGUAUACACCUCAGUUUGAGCCUGACUCAAUUUUCUAUGUGUGCCUGUAUCUCUCUGCCAGUGGAUAUUCCUGUGUCUUUCUCUUUAAGUGUGUGUACACGUAUUCCUAAGCUUGCUUCUCUGUCUGUUUUUAUUAUUUGUGUUUUCCUUAUGUUCAAUUUUCUUGAUCUAUCUUCCUAUCUAUGGCCAUAAGGUUCUCCAUACAGUCAUCCACUCACAAAACACAGAAAAUAUACUUAAACUGUUUACAGUGAUCUUGGCAGAACUCUUAAUGGCUAUGACACGUGGAAUAAUAUCAGCCAAGUUUAGUUAAGGAAAGUACAAAAAUGUAUACACUUUAACUUGCCAAAAUAAAUCUAGAACAAGAAUAAAUGCUUCCUUUUCCUUAGCAAUGUCUACUGCUUGUGGCUUUGCCAAAACGUAUCUGGCAACACGUAUGUUGUAAUGUAAAGAGUUGCAUGCACUUUACAUUGUGUAGAACUGUCAAACAAUGUAUCCCAGAAAUCCUGACAGCCCUUCUUCCAUUUUUGUAUUCACACAUGUGAGCAUGCACGCAUAUAUCUGACAUGUUAGUGCUGCAAUGAAAAUGCUGAGAUCAAGAUUAAUGCUCUGAUACAUUCCUAAGUUUCGUAUAGAUCAGAAUACUUUAUAAAUAAGAUAGCUUUGUUUUACCAAAUCCAUCUUCAUUAGUCCUCACCUGUUUUUUGUUGUUGUGUUUUUUUUUUGUUUGUUUUUUUGUGCUCAGAACUUGCCAGUCACACGGGUCCUUGACAACCUCAUGGAAGUUAAAUCAAAUCCGGUAAGAAUACAGAGUAAAUGAACUGCUUAUUGAAUAGAAAUUAACUACUGUACUUUUUUUUUGUUUCCGUCUAGUUUCCUUGCUUAGGCCAAUUUCAGGAGUGUUUAUGAUACUGGCUGUGCUUUGUCAACUCAAAGUGAUUGAUUACUCAAGUGCCAAUAAUUCUCAUUCAUGAAACAGGGGUUCUUGUUCUUGCACACCUGACCUGCUAUAUUAAAAGACCACUGUAAUUAAAAAAAUUUUUUAUAAUUUAGAAUGACACCCAUUCGUAGACAUGGAGACGGCAAAACGUAAACUUUUCAAUUUACCUGAACUGUUUCAUCUACAAGUCUACGUGGACAGCAUUAGUGUCCCAAAAUCACUUGAUUAAGAUACUUAAACAGGUGUUCAAACUGUCCCUUUAAAGUAAGCAAAUUCAAAAUUCUCAAGAACUUUUUAAACUUCGCAAGCGAAAAGCAUAGACAAAGAAGGAAACAAAGAGCAUGAGGUUAGUUACAACUUUCAGGAAAGAGUGUGGGUCUCGUUGCAGCACAUGUAAAAAAAAAAAGUUUAAUCUCCAGGCCACAAUUAUAUUCAUUCUAAACAGAUGAGUAUGACCUAGUACCAAAAUAUUGCUUCUUUUUAGUGUCUGUGGUGUAAUAAAAGCAUGUUUCCUAGCUGCUGUCCCACAUUAACAUUUUAUAUUAGAAAAACUAUUUCUAAUAGAUAUUUAAUAUAAAAUUAAACUAAGGAAAAAUUAGGAAAGAAAAAAAAAAUGUUGCUACAUAGUGUUUUCCCCAAGUAAAACAUUAAUUCCUAACUUACAUUGAUUAGGACCAAAACUGCAAAGUGAGCUCUGUAACAUAUUCUGGUGUGUAAUAGCAUUAAUGUAACUUUUUCAGAACACCUUCGUACUCUUCCCUGUGUCAGAGGGGAAGAAGAGAAGACUAGGGGGUCUCUGGUGCACUGGGAAGGCAAUAUCAAUACAGUUAUUAUAGGCACUUCAUGGUGACUGCGAUAUGCCUGUUACAGUAGCACAGGCAGUCAAAUUUAGGUUUAACCCAGAGGUUAAGUAAAGCAUUCUAGUUAACUGUUGUCUUAGAGUGGGGGUCCCUAUUGGCCAACUAUAAAGUGAUUCAAAAGGCACCACAUAAUUCCAAAGCCUAACCUCAAAAGAGUUUGCUAGCUGAGUUUUUGCAAUAAAUCAUUAGCUAUUUCAGAGAUUCUUCUUUAAAGGUCUUACAACUUCUUGUUGAACAAACCCCCCACCACCACCUAUCAUCCCAUUUUAUGAAUAGAUGAAGGUCUCUCUGGACUGUCCUGUUCCUACCAUUUAUUUCUUCUACUGCAGGUUUUUUGUUUUUUUGUUGUUAUUGCAGAUUUUUUAUUUGCUCCCAGCUGCAAACAUUUAAAAAUAAAUACAUUAAAAAAAAAAGAAAACCUUGUGCGAGUGUUUUGGAAAAAGAACACUUCACCUCCCCAAAGACGCGGCAUGUGCCAGUAGCUCGUAAAACCAAAGACUUUCUGAGGCCACGUGUUUGUAUACCAUGUUUGAUCUUAGCAUACAGGCUUUGUCCAAGGGAGCUUUUAAAACGCACAGAAAUGGAAUCGUACAAAAUGUACUGCAUUGGUUAAGGUUUCCUCCGAGUCCACAGUGCAUCGCCCUGUGUUUUUGCACAAAGAAUUCAUAGCUUAGACCCAUUAAUAAAUUCCAUAGAAUAUUCUAUUAUAAUUUUAAUACAACUAAUUUUUUUUUGCUCAUUUCAUUGUAAACCUGUUUUUGCAAUAGCAAGAUUUAAUGUUUAUCGUAGAUGUUGACUAUUUUUCUGCAUAUUUGCACUGGAAAGGAAAAAACGUUGGACCUUAUAAUCACCCAAUUAAAGGAACACUCCAAUAAAAAAAAAUACAAUAUAUAAAUAUAUGUAUAAAAUAUACACACACGUAUAUGUCAGCAGCAUGAGGUUGGUUACUGGCUUUACUUGUGGAGCACAAACCAAAGCAGUUGUGGUGGGGAAAACAGUGAUUAAAAACCCCAUUUGAAACCAGCUUUUCUCACAGAGAAGCAACAACUUCAGUUUUGAACUGAACUGCAGUACAAAGCUAAUGAGACCGGAAGCCCUCCUGUCUGUUCAGUUAACAGCCAGUAGUUGCUGCAGUAGGGCAGUGGUUCCAAACCCAGUCCUCAUGUACCCCGCAACAGUCCAGGAUUUACCAGGUUUUAUUUAAGGUGUUUUUAGAAAAAACAACAACAAAAAAACACUUUAGACACAAAAGAGCAAUCCCUAAAUCCUGGACUGUUAGGGGGUACUUGAAGACUGGGUUGGGAACCCCUGCUGUAGGGUAUAUAAAAGUGCCAAUUUAUUUUUAAAUCUGCACUUUUUAUAAUAUUAGCCAGAGGGGACAUGCAGUUAAAGGGACAUUCCACUACCUAAAUAAAAAGAAAAAUGCAAGCCCUCCUCUUCUAACCCCACCCAGAUGUUCUGUGGCAGUCCAAUCACAGACUUCCCAAUGCAGCUCAAUGAGAAGUCUUUGCAAGGCAGGUGCUCUGAGCAAUUGUGGCCUCUUGAGUUUGGCUCCGCUGAGCUAACUAAACCAGGAUGUAACUGGACCGGUUGCCUGAUUGCUGUUGAGGGGGGUUUCGCAGGGUUCAUUUAUAAAAGUGAAAAUUUCUAUUGAAAUUUGCGCUUUUUGUAAAAGGAAAAAGAGGCAAAUUAAUCACUACAGUGCCUCAGGUGUUUGGGAUGUUCGUUUAACUCUUUAAAUGUCCUAUAUUUUCCUUCUAAGUAGACAUAAGAAGGUUUAACUGCAAUGAAUUCGAACUCAUUAUUCAGCUUUGCACAUGCAAUAAUUUUAAAAUUUUGUGUGAUAUAGUUCUAUCAUUUAAAUCUAAAAUACCUUCUAACUUAGAGUGGCUCAUUAAAGUAACUAUGGUGCAUGGAGUCCCUUGAUGCUGACCCACAGUUCACUUUAACUUUGAAUGCGGGUGACUAUACUGUCCUUUUAAAAGAACGCUACAGUCACCAAAACAACUUUAGCUUAAUGAAGCAGUUUUUGUGCAUAUAUUAUACUGCUGAAGUUUCACUACUCAAUUCUCUGCUAUUUCGGAGUUUAAUCACUUUUGUUUCUGUUUACGCAGCCAAGGCACACCUCCCCUGGCUGGUUACAUUUUUAAUCAGAUGUAACUUACUUUUAAAAGAUUUUAUUUCCUGCUCUGUAAAAUAAACUUUAAUCACAUACAGGAGGCUCCUGCAGGGUCUAGAAAGCUAUUAACAGAGCAGGAGAUAAGAAAUUACACAGAAUUUUCAACAAUGGAAGUUUAAACAUUACACGACUCUUUACAGGAAGUGUUUAGGAAGGCUGUGUAAAUCACAUGCAGGGAGGUGUUCCUAGGACUGUAUAAACAAAAUGAUCAAACUCCUUAAUUACAGAGAAUUAAGCAGUGAGCCUGCAGGGACAUGAUCUAUACACCAAAACUGCUUCAUUAACCUAAAUUUGCUUUCGUGCCUCUAGGGUCCCUUUAAAUGACUAGCUUUUUGCUUUUUUUUUUUUUUUGGCUACAAAUUAAUUUGACAUGAAAUAUUUUCUCAUGCUUUCCAAUGACACACCCUCCUAUUCUACUUAUUUCUGCAGGAUACAGAUGAAUACAGAUACUUCGACCCAAAGAUGCUGCGUGGGAAUGACAGGUAAUUUUCCAACUCGAGCCUCUUCUAACAGGAAUUCCUUUCUAAGAUUGUGCAUUGUAAACAGGAUAGUUUAGCUGGUGUUUUGGCAUUUUUGUUUACCCGUUGACCAGACAGGAUGUGUUUUUGAGUUUAUCGUCCACUUUGCAUUCAUACAAUAUCUCUAUUCUUUUCUUAAUACAGCUCUGUACCAAGAAACAAAAAUCCCUUCCAAGAGGUGAGGAGAUAAAGGGGAAGACGUUAACAGAGAGAAAUCUGUAGACGCAUAUGUGAAAUGUGUAACUAUUAAAGGAACACACAAUAAGCUGUAUUCUUAACACUAUAGUGUCCCUCCGCAUCCCCCUGGCAAUGAAAUGGUUAAAACAAUUCAAACACUUACUUGAUUCGCUAAAUCGGUGGUCUCCUAAAGCUUUUGCAAUCCCUCUCCUUCUAAACCCACCCAGACUUUUUGUGGCCGUCAAAUAAGUCUUCCCCAUGCAGCUCUAUGAGAAAUGUUUGCAAGUCAGGUUCUUUGAGCAAUUGCUACCUCUUGAUUUUAGCUCCUCUGAGCUAACAAACCAGGAAGUAACAGUACAGCUUGUCUGACAGCUGGGGAGGGUGUAACAAGGUUAAUUUAUGGAAGAGCCAAUAUUGAAAUCUGCACUUUUUGCACAAUGGAAAAAAAGGUAAAAUUCUUCACACACAAAGCACUUCAGCAAGCUAAUAAAAUGAAAGGAAAACUUACCUGCAACCCGAUCCUCCUCUGAUGUCACUUUCCCUCACUUCAAUGGCAGGGAAAUCUGGCUGUGGACUUCGGCGGCGUGCUAUGCCUGCUAAUGAUAGUUGCCAAAUAUGCGCGCAGCGUUAACAUUAGUCCGCCUUGUACUCUUGUUGCUGGAGUUGGGAUUACAUCACCGUCAGGAAAGUGAAAAGUUGCACAUUUAGUGAAAAUGCAACUGCACAUACAUAUUCCAAGCACCAUAGCUACUUCAAAUCACUGACACAAUCAUGGUGCUUGGCAUACUCCUUUAAUUAUUGCAGAUGUUUGCUAAAAGCAUCUCUAGAGUUUAAAGGGACACUAUAGUCAUCCAGACUACUUCAGCUCAAUGAAGUGGUCUGGGUGCCAGGUCCCCCAGGUUUUAACCCUUCAGAUGUAAACAUAGCAGUUUCAGAGAAACUGCUAUGUUUACAUAGCAGGGUUAAUCCAGCCACUAGUGCCUGUCUUCCUGACAGCUGCUAGAGGCGCUUCUGCGGCGCUGGAUACGAAAAUCGCAUUCAGAGUGCAGAACGUCCAUAGGAAAGCAUUGAGAAAUGCUUUCCUAUGGACUGUUUGAACGCGCUCGCUUCUCUUGCCGCUCAUGCACAUUCUGCUCCACUCGGGAGCUGGCAGGGGAGAAGAGGUCACCAGCGCCGAGGGAACCCUCAUAUUUUGUUUUCCUGACACUAUAGUGAUCCCUUAACAGGGAAACCUAUAGAUACCUUCACUAGGUGCUAAAUAAAAAAACAGCUGCCUGUUCCAGAGUUUUGCAACAAUUGGUAAAAAAAAUAUACAAAGGGGUAGGAUGCAUCCAAGCAGAUGAUGGAUUUAUCUUGCUUGCAAAAAAAAAUGUAUAUUUGUAUGACAUGUUUGGAAACUUUUGCUUCUAGAAUAGCUUGGUUAAACUGUGCCGUUUUCAUAUGCUGUAUACACUAAACCCUUGAUAAAAUAAUGAUGUAUUCUGUUAAGGCAAUGAAAUGUUCCAGCAGUCUUUGGGCAUUAAAAAUGUCCCUGAUAAGACCAGGUGUGGUCCAUAUGAGCAUCGUUAAACAUAGUUCCCAGAAUGUGAUGAUUUUGCCUUGUAGUUACAAAUACUGUGUAUCUCAUAUGUUUUAGAAUACAUUGGUAAAGUGUUUUUCAAUUAAAUGUAUAGGAGACGCUUCACAGGGAAAUGUUUAUUCAUUGGGCACAAUGUUGCUGUUAUGGUAAUGCAUUAGGAGAGUAAGUGAGAGGUCAUAUGGACAAUGCAGGGUUGAACAAAUUUGCAAUAUUAAAGGGACACUAUAGUCACAAAAUCAACUUUAGCUCAACAAAGCAGUUUUUGUGUAUAGAUCAUGCUCCUGCAGUCUCACUGUUCAAUUCUCUGCAAUUUAGGAGUUAAAUAAUUUGGCUUAUGUUUACGCAGCUAUAACCAUACCUCCCCUGGCUGUGACUUACACAGCCUGCAAGAAAACAAAAUUAUUUCAUUUUCAAUCAGAUGUAACUUACUUUAAACGUUUUUAUCUCCUGCUCUGUAAAUUGAACUUUACUCACACACAGGGUCUAGAAAGUUGUCAACAGAGCAGGAGAUAAGACAUUCUAAAUUAAACAGAACUUGCAGUAAAGGAAAUAUAAACAUUAGAUGACAUUGCAGGAAGUGUUUAGGAAGGCUGUGUGAGUCACAUACAGGGAGGUGUGCCUAGGGCUGCAUAGAUAGAGAGAUUCCUAAAUGGGUGAGAAUUGGGCAGUGAGAUUACAGGAACAUGAUCAACAUACCAAAACUGCUUCAAGUUGUUUUGGUGACUAAAGUGUCCCUUUAAAUGUGAGGACAAAAAGCGACUAUGAUAUUGGAAGAAAUCAAAGUUAGAGGGGCCAGGGUGACCACCUGGCUUUGGGGUACCUCUUAGAGUGGUGGUUUAUGUAAUAAUAAUUCACAUUUUUCCUGUCAGAGAGCAACCAGUUUAUGAAAUGCUGCAAUUAUAACAAUUCAAAUCACAGUUGGCACAAUGUAUAAUGUCUUUGCCCUAGUCCAUCUCUGUCACAAUAUUACAUUAAUCUGAGAGAUUGCUAGUUAUUUAAACAUUCUUGCAUAUUAAAAUCUCUAUAAAGAAGUUGGUGUAAAGGUCUCUAUUAAAUCUAGCAAUAGAAUUCUUUAUUUUUACAUCAUUUCUAUUCUAAUCAGUGACUUUCUUACGACUUUUCCCUUUAGAUACCACAUGGUUGCAUCUCUGCUGACCACUUUAGAAAAUAAUCAUGUUUCUGAAAUUUAGUGUGGCUGAUUUCUACCCUGAUUUCACGAUUAGGCGUUUCAACCUAAUAUUAAUAAUCUCCUACAGUUGUUAUGUUGUAUUUUAUAUAAAGAAGUCCUCCUACAUUUUAAUUGUUUUACCCAACAGGCUAUAGUGUUUGUCGUUGGAGGAGGGAACUAUAUUGAAUACCAGAAUUUAGUGGACUACAUAAAGGUAUUUUGUACACUUAAAUCUUGGUGCAUUUAAUUUUUCUUUCUUCGCCUUAUUUAUAGUAUUUUAAGUUUACUUUACUGUUGAUUUGUCAUUGUUUUGAUGGCACUUUGUAUAGAAUAGCCUCCCUCAAGUUGAACAUUCUGUUUCUCCAUAUAUCGUCCCUGGUGUUUUUCGCUCAGUUUCCUCUAUAAUUCUUAAAAUCACUCUGCUUUCUGUCUCCCACUCUCCGCUUUGAUGCCUUUGGCUGAUUGACAUGCAAACACUUCCCUAUAAAAAUAAAGUUGCGUGGCAGGCGUCUGUGUCUGUUCUUGUUUUCCUGGGAAAUUGCUUCUGGUUGCUAAGUGAACUGUUCUCCGCUGUCCCUGCUUUGGAUUUUGUUUUUGAUUUCUGAGACUUUGCACAGCAGUCCCACCAGUCUCCUAUCUUGUGCUUCAACUUCUUUAGAACAUUCAUAUUUCAGCCAUUUGACAGGUCGCAUGCUCCCUACCCAUGACUUAGCUAAAGUGUUAACCCUGUAUGGCAAGCAUGUCAAACUCAAAGGCUAACACGGGCCAAAUAAACAAGGUUUAAGUUUAUGUGGGCCACAAAAAAUCAAAAACUUCAGUUUUCAUAGAAACGUAGGUUUAUUUAGAAAAGUACAGUAUAAAAAAAAGUUGCCUAACUGACACUGGAUGUUCUCACACUCAUAGGGCUUCAAAGUAAACAAAAGAGCUAAUUUAUUUAAAUUGGUGUGCAUUUGCAUAUAGCCAAUAUUUCAGUCCAACUACUUGACAUAUUAAAAAAAAAAAGUUUGGUAAUGGUACUGAAAUGGUGAAUGUAUGCACAGCUGUAAAAAAAAUAAAUAAAAAAAAAUAACAUUACUUCCUGUGUAGUGUGCUAAAUUGGGGAGGGGGUGUAUUAAUUUGGGGGAGUGAGAGGGCCAGUGUAUUAAUUUGGGGGAGUGAGAGGGCCAGUGUAUUAAUUUGAGCGAGGGAGGGAAGGCGCGAGUGUAUUAAUUUGGGGAAGGGGGCAGACAAAAAGUUGAAACGAAAAAAAUGUGGAUGAGAUGCUUUGGUUACUUGGUGAGGGUGGUAUCUAAUAUGUCUCUACACCUAAAAUAUUGUCUUCUAUUUCUUAGACCAAGCAAGGAAAACACAUUCUCUAUGGCUGCACAGAGCUGUUUAAUGCCACACAGUUCGUUAAACAGGUAAUAGUUUGUGUGCGAAGAUGAUUAUAUUCUCCAUUUAGAAAUGCAAUAUGUCUGUAAUUUAAUAAGUGCUACAUUUGUUUUUGUUGGUUACUCCAAAUUCUUCGAUGCCCUGUAUGCACUGAUCAGUCACAACAUUAAAACCACUGACAAGUGUAGUGAAAAACAUUGAUUAUAUAUCGUUACAAUGUCAUCUGUCAAGGGGUGGGAUAUAUCAGGCAGCAUGCGGUCAGUUCUUGAAUUUCAUGUGUUGGAAGCAGGAAAAAUGGGCAAGUUUAAAAGAUCUGAAUUUGACAAGGACCAAAUAGUGAUGGCUAGACAACUGUUUACGAGCAUCUCCAAAAUUUGUGAGUCUUGUGGGGUGUUCCCAGUAUGCAGUGGUUAGUACCUUCCAAAAGUUGUGCAAUCAAAGACAACCAGUGAAACGGCAACAGGGACAUGGGUGGCCAAGUCUCAUUAAUGCAAGCUAGCCUGAGCACACAGAAGAGCUACUGUAACUCAAAUUGCUGCAAAAAAUUAAUUCUGACCAUGAUAGACAGGUGUCAAAAUAUACAAUGCAUCACAAUUUGCUGCAUAGCUGCAGACUGGUCAGAGUGCAACUAAUGCCCUUGGUCCAGCACCAAAAGCUCCUUCAAUGGGGAAAUAAGCUCCCGAACUAGAACAUGGAGCAAUGGAAGGUUGUCUGGUCUGAUGAAUCAUGCUUUCUUUUAGAUCAGGUGUAGAGCCAGGUGUAACUGUGUUGUUUAUUUGUGAAAAGAUGGCAGCAGGAUGCACCUCUGGACAAUGCUUUGCUGGGAAACCUUGGGUCCUGGUACUUUGACACUUACCUACCUAGAGAUUGUAGCAGACCAUGUGCAUCCCAUCAUGGCAAUGGUGUUACCUGGUGGCAGUGGAUUCUUUCAGCAAGAUAAUGAACCCUGACACACUGCAAAAACAUGUUCAGGAAUGGUUUGAGGAACAUGACCAAGAGUUCAAGGUGUUGCCUUGGUCUCCAAAUUCUCGAGAUCUCAAUCCGAGUGAGCAUUUCUGAGAUGUGCUGUAACAACAAAUCCGAUCCAUGGAGCCAGUACCUCGCAACUUGCAGGACCUAAUGGAUCUGUUGCUAAUGGUGUCUUGGUGCCAGUUACCACAGGACACGUUCAGAGGUCUUGUGGAGUCCAUGCCUUAACACAUCAGUACACCUAGUACACAAUAUUAGGCAGGUGGUUUUAACGUUUGCCUGAUCAGUGUAUGUUGUUUGUGGUAAACAAUUAUUUAUCAAAGACAGAGAGGGAAAAACACUUACAGUGCAGAUGGUACAAUCCAAAUGUAUAAUAAAACAAUGCACAGUACUUUUCUAUUGGUUUUUAUUUUCUUCUAACCAAUAUAUUUCGCGUGAUGGUUUUAGUCAACAUAUUUAUCUCUUAAUUACCUUUAUUAAUAAUCGUGUUAUAGGUUGAUAGUUAUAAGGUUUUGGGUAUAUGAUCGUUCUAGCAGAAGGUACAAAAUCAUCCAAAUAUCCAGCCACAGACUGGUAUAAUAACAAUUUGGAUUUAAUGUGUUUUGUGCAGACUUUUGAUUAACAACUAGAAAUCUGUUUUUUCAGCAUUAAAGCAGAGCUGCCACUUCUCUGGGAAUUAAGUCUUUGAUAAAACUUUGAAAAUCACUUGCGGUUACCUUUUUUUUAUUUUUUUUUUUAUAAAUAAUGUGCAAUUUUCCAUUUUCUUUUAGAAUGUGCAUUUAAGAUUUAGCAAAUGACUUCACAAUGCAGUUCAGUACAUGCAUAGCGAGAGCAACAUUGUUUCUGUUGCACUUUUCCUCUAUAUUCAAUGGCAGAAAUGGGCAAUAUUUAUGACUGUGAUUGACAGGAAGCCAAUAUGGAGGUGCUCUGUUCCAGGAUACAAGUGUGCAUUUAAUUUUUGAAACAUCACAAAAACAUAUUUUCUAAAUAUAGGAGAUUGGUAUACAUAAUAUUAAGUCCUGGGAAGUGACCCUUUCUCUUUGUAUAUAUGUAGGUGUAUAUCUCUUAAACAGUCAUACUUGCAUGUUUAUAUAGUAUUUACCAUUCAUUCUUCUAAUGCUAUUUGGGAUAUUUAUGUCUUGCCGAUGGUGUUCAUACCAUGUUUAUUUUGUUUGUUUUUCUGCUUUAGUUGUCUCAACUUGGGCAAAAGUAGCCAGUGGUGUGCCCUCUCUGUGUCCCACUCCAUCCCAGAGUAUGUGAUCUGGUAUUUAGUGUAAGGAUCAAUGGACAUAACCCAAACAUGGACCCUUCCAUUAACCUGUCUGCUGGCAGAACAUUGCACAAAAGCCUUCAAGUAUGAAAACAGAUGGUGAAUCCAUGUCUCAACUUAUUCACUAUCAGGGGUCUCAAAUGUACGGAGCACAGCUGUGAAUCGCAGGUCCUCUGACAUCAAAAUAUUCAAGGCCUCUCUUAUUUAACUCCUUCUUCAAUGAAGGUAUCACUCCCAGUACCAACUAAAUUAAUACUGUCUGUACAAAGGGGCUGUUUCCAAAUAAAGCCUACUAUUUGUUUAAUUUUAUACCGUGCAUUGUGUGUGAAGGAUUCUGUUACUCAAUUCACUCCAUAAUACGCAAUAUGAUGCAGUUCACAAACUAGGUGGUAC